GUACAGGUGUCGAACCGCGUGGAAUCGCUUACCGUUUUUUGUAAUAUUACCGGCGCGCAUUCCGUUCGCUUGCCGACUACGCACGAUAUUAUUAUACGCAGGCGAAUUCGGUUUUUUUCUUUUUUUUUUUCCGUUCACACGUCUCUCCGUUAUCGUUCCGCGAUAAACCACACGUUAACCGCUCGCAGCAAACAAUAAUAAUUAACAUUCUGUUUUUUAAUAAAAAACCGCUGUUCGUUGACGGUUUUCACCCUCCCGUCGGUGGUUUUUCUAUAAUAUUCGCGAGUGCGCCGCGAUCGAUAACCGUAUCGGAACGCAACGCGAUUAAUUAACUGUAUUAUUUUCGACCGCUCGGGUUCCGUUUUCGGUUUUCGGAUUUCCGUGCCGCGCGGAUGAACGGUGCUCGGUUAGACGGCCGCCUCGGAUGGAAUAUCCGAAAUAACGUUUUUCCGUCGCCGUCGCAACACCAACGGUUAUAAUUAUUUUACUCGUACUACGCGUUUAGUGGUCGCGACCGUUUUCCGAUACCCAAAUAUCGCGCCGCCGGUAUUGCCGCGCGCGGUCGUCGACGAGGAUUACCGGAGCUAAUGUCAUACAAUUCCGCACCAGGUAAAAAUAACCGCAAUUUCCGUCAUUGUGACACGAUAAUUAUUGUGUCCUGCGCGCUAGCCAGGAAACGUAUUUCGAAAACGCGCGGGCCGCGUAGUACUGCGUCGGGUGGGACGGACGACGUACGGAAACCGGGUCGGGUCUAGGGCCCCGGACGGUCCGCGGAGAAGGAAUAACGCGCCCUUGUAAUAUUCUCCGCGCGUUCGUAUUUCGCGUUCCCCGGUUCGCGGUCUCGUUUCGAGCCGUUCGGCCGGUCGCGAAUCCGAAUCUUUCGAUCGGUACGCGAUACGCACCGUCGGAACGAGAGUAGGUACGCGAACGGUAAUGAACGAAACGCAUUAUUCGGAUAACGUAUUGAUUAUUAGGCCCCCGGCCGGAGUCCGCGAUAGUUAUUAUACGAGUGCGUUGUUUUUCACGCGAGCGGGUUGUGCGGGGAACGGCAUCUAUCUCGGUUGAAAAUCGGACGGAACGACGGCGGUCUUGAAUUUUAGAACCGUGAAAAAAAUAAAUAAAUAAAUAAUAAUAAAAACCGAGCGGUGAAUUUCCCGCUGGUAUACUAUUGCAAAUUAAAACCGAUAAUCUCCGGGUUAUAACGAGUAACGACGCGUAUAGAAACGAUCGGUUUUUUUUUUUUUUAAAUUCUUGUUCGAAUCUCUACCCGCCCGCGGUUGUUAAUUAUAAAAAAAAAAAAAAAAAAUAACCCUAACAAAUAAUUUUAACUGAAUACCCGUUCGGUUCACGCGAGGAAAAUUUCAAAAUUGAAAACGGAUCGAAUAAAAUUUAACACUCUUUGGUCCCGGGGAAGAAGAUAUCAAAAAGGUUUCAGCGCGAAUAAAUUUUACGUUUUGAAAAUUGCGUACAAACGCUCGUAUUUCGAAUACACAGUGGUUACACGUGGCCAUUUAGGCCGAAAAAUAACCGGGACAAAAAUAAAAAUUACGCGAGUUAAAUAAUAAUAACAAAAAAUUCUGAAAAUUGACUCGUCCCGUUUUUGCCCGAAGAACUAUAUUACAUAAUUCUGGGUUUGUUUUUUUUUUUAUUAUUAUUAUUCGAGUGUUUUUUAUGAACGGUUCUACGUUAAAAUAGCAAACAUUAUUAACGAAUUCGAAUUACGGUCGAAUAAUCAUCGCGUCACUUUCGAACGUUUACAAUUAUUAUUUUUAUCAUUACUAUUACUAUAUUUACUAUAUUAUCAUACGGUGUCGUAACCACCUGCCGCAGACGAGUGAAAAACAACAAAACGUAUCUUUGUGUGUGUGUGUGUGUGUGUACAUAGGAUAACAAUACCGGUAACUAUAGGCACCGAACCGAGGGGUGGGGGAGGGGAAAUAAUAAUUAUGAUGAUUUAUAACGACUGCGGUGUACGACCGGUAUCCGGCGACAGUACGAAAACAAACAAGAAACAGUAGUGGCGGCGUAAGUGUUUUCAGAAAGAAAACAAUAAUAAAACAACAUUUCGGAGACACUCCCGCGUAUGAUUCGGAACGAUAAUACAAUAUGAAACGGCCAGGUAAAAUUGGUAUUUUCAUGCUGGCCGUAUAUAUACGCGAGAAACGUUUCAACUCUUCGGAUUUCGAGUGUUUUAUAACGAUAAACUUGCGUGUUGGUUUCACCGGAACGGGAACGGGGGGGUUUUCGCCCGCUAGUAAAACACUUUUUUCGGUUAUUAAAAACGCUCCGAACUAUUCGCGUCUCGCCGCGCUCGGCGAUUCUUUGUUCGGUCAUGAAUGACUAUGUAUAAUAGAUUUCCAUAAAAUGAAGGUACACGCCGAUUACAAAGGGAAAACGGCACGAUUCCGUUCAGAACGGUUUACGGAUAUUUCGACGAUUUACCGUUUCGUUCGGUUUAGGCGUACUAACGUACAGAAUUCAAUUACGAGAUAUCCUACGUACCUUUCAAACUUUUCACCCACGAGAACGUACACGUUCGAAUUUUUUUUUUUACAAUGUUUUUUUCGCGAAAUUACACGAGCAAUAUGUCUAUAAUCGAUGUACACAAUACCGGAGUUAAAAAUAUCGAAUGUAUAGCUGCAAAGUCGACCCGCAAAACCGCGUCGCAUUCAUUGCACCGCCGCGACUCGUACGUUGCGGAUUUCAAUAGGCAACCCGGCCGUUUCGAUACGCGCCGGUUUCUCGUAUACGAUAUGCCUGUUCGAGUUUUAUUGAUAUUUUAAACGAUUAUUUCUGAGGCAUGAUCAAUGUGCUAUAUCGAUCCACACGCGAGUCGUGCACACCGCCACCACGGAGUGUGCCUCAUACCUGUUGAAGCCGCGUCCCCUCUGGUUCCCCGUAUAUACAACCGCAAUGUCCAACAAAUAAGAUCUCCGUUCAAUGUCGAACGUGCAUUUUCUGUUUACCGCAUUACAUGUCUGCACGCUGUACAGGCACUCUCGUCUCGACCGAGAGGACACUAUUAUGCGCCGUCGCCUCUCGCGCCCACCGCCACAAGGUCUCCGCGGCCGUAGAAAACAUUUGAAUACCAACACAGCCGCCGUCGUUGGUCUCGGCAAAUCGCGUGCCCGGAACUCGCGUUAUACAAUUUUUAAGUCACGGGAAACGUGUCGGUUUUCUACCGAGAGUCGACUAACGUUGUACCGUAGGCACGGCGGCGACUUGGUGAUGCGCGGUUGCCGUCGCGGCGCGUCGCUGCGGGCAGCGGUUCCAUCGGUCCCGCACUGUUCUAGCACGGAUAUCUACGUGCCAAAAUCACGGCCAGCCGCGUUUUCUUUUCGCGAAAUUUCAACACACGCGCAGUCCGGCGCGUUCGUAAAAAAUGCGAAAACGAUACACGCCAAGUUUGGUUUAUAAUAUUCGAACUACGGGAUUCCGACGAUAUUGUACUCGUGCACUGUCGAAUAAGAUAGUAUCACGAAAACCAGAAAAAAAAAACGCUACACAUAUAUAGUGUUAUGUUUACUCGUCCCGACACCUUUAUAUUUUUUUUUUUUACGAACACGUCACUGUUGUACAUAAGCAUAUUACGGGUAUAGGUAUUCGAUGAAAUAUAACGUAAACUAUAAACUAAAUCAUCGCGUCAUCGUCAAUCACCGUCAUCGCGUUCUUUGGAAAUUAAUUUUUAGACGAACUUUAGAAAAAUUCAACUAUCCGCGUAUUGUGUAUGGUGUACGUUAAACAACAGUGUUGUUAAACCUCAGCGCACCGUGCCAAUUAUAUUUUCGAGAAAGGAAAAACUUGUGGAAAUGUCUGAAAGUUAAAAAAUCACCUGCCUGAAACGCAAUGUAAACAGUGACAGAUUAUCGCAUAAAAAUAUCAACACGCGGCGUUUUAUAUGAAAAUUGCAUAUAUAGUCACAUUGGUCAUACUAAUACUCAAAAUGAUAUGAUAUAAUAUUACGGGCGUUUCAUAAAUACCAAAUCGUAAUGAUAUGUAUAUAGUUUAUAACGUUCGUUUUUGGAUACGCCCGUUCGUCUUUUUCGGCCGUCACGAGAUCAACAAUAUUGUGCGGUCAUCUCAGUGGUUGCUAUGUAUUAUAGACCGGGGCAAAGUUUCCAAAUUGCCUUUGCCAACUGCAGAGAUUGGUUUUCUUUUCGUUUCUUUCCUGCUCGUUAAAUCUAAAUUGAUAUGAUGACAUUUUGUUGUAUUUUUUCUUUUUUUUUUUUUUUUUUUUUGUUGCUCGUUAAAUCUAAACAAUUCCCACGUCCAAUAGAUAUCUACGUCCUAUUUAGGAUAUUCUAUUAUAGUAGACUCGAAAAUCAAAAAAAAAAAAACGACCAUACAACAGUUUAAACACGCUGCUAGACCGGGGCAAGUUGCCCUUCCUCUUCCCCACCCCCUUAAAUUACUAGCUGUAAGUACUCGCCGGACGACGGGUAUAAUUAUAUACGUUUAGUCGUAGGUACACGAGUAGGUAUUGCGCAGCUAUACGUGUCGUGUAAACAACGAUGAAACUAAGUCUUUGAUGAAAACGGUCUUCCGGUCGACGAUUCCAACGCGUCCGGCGGAAAAAAAAAAUUAUCCUCGAUGACGCGCGCUCCGUAGAUCUCGCAUUGAGAUUGUCAAGAAACGAACCCGCCGCAGAUGGAUCACAAUAUUAAUAUGAUUGCGAUCCAGGGUCGUCGCUUCGUCGCCAUAUUAUACUCUAUGGCGUGUUUCUUUUUACGCAAGUUGUCAGAAUCUAAUCUAUAGAAAAAAAAAAAAAAAUAAAUAAAAAAAUAAUUAUAAUAAUAAACCUUACUCGCACACAGCGUACAACACGAUAAUUGUAUCGCUAAAAUAACUAUUUUUCCCCGAGACACCUGAGAUAAGACGUGUCGUAUGGACGGGAAACGGGGUAGGAUAGCGGCGGAAAUCCUGUAAUCAGUUGAACAUUCAGAAGUAUUAUUUUUUUUCCACACUUAUCGCUUAUUAUUUUGUCGUAGGCGGUUUGAAUUUUUAACGAACUACGCCGCGAAUGUGUAAUAAAUCAUUUCGGCCCGGACAAGUCAUUAAUAAGACGAAAUAAUCAUAGUAAGUAAUAAUAAUCGAUCAUAAAUCAAAAUUUGUCUGUAGAAAACAAUAUUAUCGUAUACGAGUGCUGCUGUCUCGUAGAAAACGAACUAGGCAUCUAUUAUACGUACUCGCGUGUGUCUUGUAAGUAUAAUUUCAAAUCGUCUAUAGAUAUCGGUUGAUCUCGCGUAGAAAACUCAUUUAAUAUAUUUUAACUGUUUUCUUCGUAUUCUACACACUUUAGACACUAAGUGUUUGAUUAGUUGUAUGUGUGUGUGUGUUUUAUUUUAGAAGACACUAUUUUCGGUUUGUAAAAAUGUUCCAAUUUGUUCCGAUAUUGAAUAUGUUGGAAUUUAUAUGUAUAUUUUUUUUUCAAAUAGAAUUCGUAACGAGUAAACGCGGUAAAAAAAAAAAAAUUAAUCUUAUUGAUGGGUUCAAGUUUAACAUUUCGUACGAAAUCGGUCCAAACAAAAUAUUACAUUCCCCGGGUAACUCUAUAAAUGGAUCUCAAACUGUAAUUUAGAUAGGCAUGAAUAAAUGGAUUUAAAUCAAGCUUUUUGGCGGAAACGACUGACGCCCGACUGCGGACUUAUCGGUUUACCGAGCUGCGGUCAGAAUCGAUUUUUUUUUUUUGUUUAACCGUAAGGUUAAACCAGACAAGGUUCGCGGCCGAUAGCGAAUACGUGCGAUAACAUUUUUUUAUUUAUUCUUUUUUUCCCGUAAAAAUCCGUUCGCGACACACAACACCACCUGCAACGUACUCGCCGGAUUUGUCGCGGCGACGGAAUGAAAGUAUAACAUUAUACCCCGUGUACUGCCAUAUGUAUACGAUAAAAUAAAUAACAUUAUGCUCGAUAAUUUGUAUUUGCUACGACGAAGUCGGACGCGCCGGCGCGAGCAGUACCGCGGGGUUUACAUAAUGCGAAUUUACCAGUUUCAUUCACACGAUAACCUACUGACUGAAUUAUUGAUAAAAAUAAAAACUUUCUCGCACUGGCCGCCGCCGAGCGUGCCGGCCGGCAAUAAUAAUAAUAUACCUACCUACCUAUACCUAACCUACCUGCCUGCCCGUCUACCUAACGCGGCCGCCGUGCGUACGUACCUGCGCGUUCGAUGGUAUGCAAAUUAAAAAAAAAAAAAAAAAAACAUGGAAAUAAAGGUAAUAAACACUCUAGUGAACAUCAUCGACGACGGAACGACGUACGGGUAUUUAUGGCCGUCGCGGAUUACGAUAUAAAAUUAAAAAAAAUUUCAAAAGAAAAAAAAAAAAAAAAACAUAUCACGUGGCAUAAUAUAAAUAUGCGUAUUUUUAUUUUUUAUUUUUAAAAGAGCGUAUAUAUGAUGCCGUCGAUCGGACACGGUUUCGCGGUCCGUAAUAAAUAUUCGGCAACGACGGUACACACGCGCAACAAUUGUGUAGUAUCGUCGGCGCAACGUCGCGUUGCCUUUUUUUAACAAACUCCUUUGAAAAUCGCGUGUAAAUACUAUCGUUGUUAAAUUUUAUUACCACGAUAGAUUUCCUGUAUACCCAAUAACAUAUGUACUUAUAAAAAGAACCGAUAUUUUGCAUAUAGCAAUAUAACUGCAGUGUAACGACGGAAUGUUCGCGUUUCGCGUCGAAUACAACGAAAACGUUUGUAAAAACUAGAAAAAUACGCUUAAAAUCCGAGUUAAAUGUGUCAAAGAAAAAUGUUCACGGUUUUCCAUUUGUAGGACUAUAUCUGUUUCAAAACACGCCGGACAUCGCGUUGAAAUCUCCGUGGCUGCUGAACAUUUACGACGGCCAUGUUACGCCCCGGAUUUCGGUGUCCUAACGAACACUCUGUUCGUUCCGAAACGCAUCCCCGGACAAAACGCCCUUGAAAAACGACCAGAAAAUGGAAAAAAAAAACCGGCGAAAAACGCUAAGCGUUUCGCUUUUGGAAACUAUACCGCGAUUCAAAUUUAUUACGACGCGUGUCUGUACACAAACGUAUAUAUACAUAUGUAUACGCGUUCGAAACACGCGUCGUAUCGUCCCAGAGCUGAAAAUAAAAUUUCGCGCAAUAAAGUCCCAUUCCUAAUAAAAAACAAAAAAUUGUAUAUAUCGCGGUCGAUUUGUGUCGCGUCUUAGUGGCCGCGUAUAGUCGAGGGUAUAUCAUAUUAUAUUGUAUGCCUAUACCUACCUACCUAUACAUGUAUACACGAUGCUCGCGUUCUGCGGCACCGAUGUGGGUCACACAUUAAUAUAUAUCGUAGGAUUUUACGCGCCGUGACAGACCGCGACUAAUCGCGAACUAUGGGAACGUUAAAUAGGUAAACAACAGAAUGGAAUAAAAAAAAAAAAAAAAAAAAAAAAUUCGUCGUAAAUUGCUCCGAAUAAACGGUAAUUACAGGCGGCUAUGCGCGAAAAUCCCCGGCGCACAUAUUAUUCUAACACGCGCUGCAGUCGCUGAGCGCUGCACGUAUUUUAUUGUUACACUGCGAGCGCUUUAUUUAUUAUUUUUUUUUUUUUUUACGACCGCGAAUGCGCAUUAAUAUUAUUGUAACUUAUCGGCUGUAUAAUAUUGCCGGCGUUGGAUUUUGCGGAUUUUUUUUUUUUUUCCUUUUCUGUCGCUUUCCAUUCCGCGUUAUAAUACGGUCGCGGUUGUCGUUUUUUCGGCCGCUCACGCCGCGCGGCCGGUAACACAUAAUAUCGUGUCGUUUUAACAGGCGAGUAUUUUACCUAUGUAAUGAAUAUGCGCGGGCGCGUGAAAACCGAAAAACAAUAUCGUGUACACUCACUCAUCCCCUCUCGCCCCACUCCCCACCACCGUUUCAAUGAAAAUAUAACCGUACGUUAUAGUAUUAGGCGUCUUUUGCGGAAAAAAUAUUCGGCCACGAAAACGCGGCGGAAAAUCAUAAGCGCGUAUAAUGUACAGAGUGAUUUCAUUUUGUCAAACAACGCUCGUUAUUUCAAAGGGUACUGACGGGUUGACGGAAAUCAAAAAUGUCAACACCGAAAUCUGUUUUAAACAACACCACAGUUCAUUUAAGGCGUUUCCAAUACAGGUUGCCGUUUGAAAAUCAAAAGUGGGCAGUCGUUUCAUUGCCGAAAAUAAGGGGUGCAAAAAAAAAAAAAAUUUCGUAAAAAGUCAAUACUUUUUGAAAUAACGAGUGCUGUUUGAUGAAAAAAAAAACAAAAGAAAAAAAAAAUCCCCCUGCAUACCGGACUCGUUCGACGGGGUUGAACGAUGCGGGACCGCCGAACGGACUGAAUAAACAGAGAAAAGAAAAAGAGCGCGUGUCCGAGACCGGAGCGGUGCGUAUCGUUGUUGUCGUGCGCACGGUUUCCCGACGUUUUCGUUCUGUCGAUUUAUUUCCCGCGUCGACGCGUCCGAAACCGCGCGGCGUUCGCGUGCGCCGUCACAAAACGAUCCGCUUCGUUUCGGCCCGGGGACUCGCAGCGCCGACGGCGCGCGCGGCUUUUGCGUGACACCGAGACAGCGUUCCCGCCGUCUUUGAACGUCUUCUUAUGCCGGUCGUACCGCCGCACACGCCGCGACGCCACUGGACAAACCGGCAACGGCCGCGCGCGAAUAUCGCGACAUCGCCGUACACCCGUCCAAACCCCCCCCCCUCCACCCGGCCUGUCGCGCCGGACCGUCCGAAACGCGCGCCGGUCGACCGUGUAACAUACGGGAAUACGGUACGCGCGUAGCGGACUAUAGCGGCCCGGGACGUCUACGCCGUUCGGCCAACGGAAAAAUCGGACGUGCGAUAGGCGAGAAACGGGCGGGGGGUGUCCGGGAAUAUGGAAAAAAAAAAAAAAUAAUAACAAUAAUAAAAAUAUUCGUCGGGUUUUUUUUUUUUUCCGCGCGCGCUGAUUCGUUAAAAUUCAUUAAUAAUGCGAUACCGUAACUGCACGGGUGACGCGCAAGUAUCGACUCGUAACAAUAUCGCCUGCGGCAUUGUCGUUCAUGACGUCGCGGGAACGAACGAGAAACAUAUUUCUGUCCGAACACGGGGACGGACGUGUCCGCGCGGCGAUCUCCCGCGUUUGCCGUACGCGCGUGCAACGCAGAAACUGAAAACGCGUUCUGUUCCGCGGUCGGUCUAACGCAAGCGAUAAGAAUCGCGAAAUCAAAAGAACGGCGCAGUCGAGUAGACUCGACGGCGUGUUCAGAUCUGCUUUUAAAAUAUGCGUGUCUCGCUUCUCUAGAUCGAUCGGGGUGCGUCGGAAAUGGAAAUAAUAGAAUAUGUCCGAAUUCCUACGUUUCGCGUAUGUAACACGUGGGCACAUGGCAGGCGACCGCCGUUUCCGAUCGUAUUAAUCCGUUAUCAAAAGGCGUAAACCGUAUCGACUGUAAACAUUUUGCGAUAACCGCGAACGAGUUACCGAUCCGAUUGCGUUGCUCGAUUUGCGAAAUAUGUACACGUUUUAUUUGACAAUUCCGAAUACCGGUUAUUUUUCAGCGACGGAUUCGAAGAUAAUUGUUUGCCGAGACGAAUAUCGGAUUGCAAAAUUGAAUACCCGCGGAAUGUCCGCCGGCGCGGCGAUUCUAUAAAACACCGCGGUUUAGUUAUUUGUGAUUGAUUAGAAAAUAUAACUGCGAUUUGUUUUGUAAUGUUUUGUAACCGAACAGACCCACGUCAUAGUAUCACCGACGCCGCACGUUAUGUUUAUUUUUCCGUACAGAUAUCGGAACCGACAGCGAUAUGCGUCCGUUAAUAAAAUAUAUCGAUAACGUAUAUUGAUGUGGGUCAUCGUUCGUUUUUUUUUUUUUUUUUUUUUUUUUUUUUUUAAUUUUUCUACGUCGAUUCAGUCCAUAACAGGUAAACCGAUGAUUCGAAACGUUUGCGCCCCGUUAGUGGAUACACAGAAACAUAAUAAUCAUAAUAUCAAACACGAUACGAUAUCUCUGUACUCAUACGACGCGUAUUAAUUGGUAUUAUACGGACCGUGAACAUCGUGUAAAAUAUUGUCUAUUAUUGUCGGCGCACGGAACGACGACAAUACUAUUAUCGGUAGAUACCUAUUUACGGUAUGCGCACGUCCGAUUUUACGUUCCGUAUCGCCGUCUUAGAUGAUAAGAUCGGGAUACGGGGCCAUCAAACGCGGUCGCAUAGACAGUCAAAUUCAGUAAUAGGUAUGCUUAAUCGCGAGUUCCUAAUCGGAUUCCGUUUAAUAAUUAAUAUUGGUUUUUAUUUGCAAACGUGAAAUGUAAAAAAAACCGUUUAAUUCAAAAGUAAAAACAAAACCCGGUCGAUUUAUAGAAAUUUCAAUAGAAUAAUUCGGUUCGAGCGUUUGAGACGGUCUCGGAAAAAUCGAUAAAGUGAACUGAAACUAGCCAAUGUCCCGUCUUCCAAUACGCCGUCAAUAGCACGGUGACAACUUUUUAUAACGAGUCUCGAGGGGCCAAGCGAUUCGUUUCGUUAUAGAUGUUUUUCGCAAUGGAGAAGGUGAAAAAUGUGUAUAGGUUAUAAAGCCAACCGACUAUUAUUUUUACAAUUUUUACGUUGCAUUGAGUUUUUCGUCAAAAGCAGUUUCGGUAUAAAGAGUUUUCAUUCUGUUUGAUAAGAACAGACACGGAUUAAACUCGCAGGAGAUAGUCGUGUACGGAUAAUGCCGGAAAUAGGCCAUGUUUAUAUUCUAUAUGUACGGAUAUUUUUUGUUCGUUUUUUUUUUCACCGUAGUAUCGUUCUCGACGUACGAAUACACGCACUAUAAUAUUAUUAUUUUCGUGCGCGUUCCGCUUUUAGUUUCAUUUUCCAUCGCCGCCAUUGCAUCGAGCAGUCGCAGCUGCGGGUACCCGCGUAUACAGGUACUUUGCGAAAUACUGUUUGACUUUCCCCCUCUUCCCAUUUCGUUUUUCUAUCGAAUUUUCGGUACUCUUCCAGCCCCGAGUUAAUGAAUACUGUUUAUAUUAACUCGGUUAAGUUAAUCGACACUAAACGUACCGCGUUAACAGUACUUAACACGUUGACACUCGAUUGUUUUAUUUACGAUUUAACCGCGUUGAGUUAAAAGUUAACGUGUGCACAUUUAAUUAACUUAUGAAGUUUAUUUUUUCGUUUCCUAAACUGAUACGGAUAAAGCUAUCAAAUAGAUAGAUAGUAUGGUUUUUUUUUUCUUUUAAAUCGACGAUUCUUUUGAACGGCCAUUGCAAGGAGACACAACUCUAAACAGUCCACAUAAUUCUGUAAAUAUCCGAGGGAUGUAAAUCCUAAAACAUCGAUAGUAACCUCGAAUUUUCAAUUCCAUCGAAAUUCUCGUUUAGAUAAGAAUAGAUUUAAGGUUAACAAAACGUUUUAUCCGGAUACAUCUCAAUAAUGUGCCGUGGAUAUUUCCGUCAACACGAGUCGAUUGUUAUCGAAAUAUUACAACUCGGAGUAAAACGAUUGUGUUCGAUGUGUAGGUAUUAUUAAUAAUACAGUGUUAGUGCCAACAGAUUGCGUGUUUAAUGUAAUGUUAUGUAUUAUAUUGUAAUCGAUCGCCGCCAACUAUACAGGCGCGUUGUCCUUGACAUUGAUCCCGCAUAUUAUAUGAAUAGUCGACGGGGAGGCUGUAUUGUUUAUUUUGUUCGAAUUUCAUGGAUUCCGUAUGAUAUUUGUACCGAUAUCAUAAUUACAAUCGUACGCACAAAAAUAAUUGUAGGUAUAUACAUAGCUAUAUUACAUUCCGAGUGAAUGUAUUGGUUUUACUAUGACGUAUUGUUUUUUUUUUUUUUUGUACCUGUAAACAACUUUUCCACCAGAAGUUUCUCCCCAAUCGAUAACCUUUCUAAAGGUUUUUAAACCUUUCACAAUGAACUCGGUCAUAUUCCUUUCAAUCUUAUUAGGGAGGUCAUUUUUUUGAUUUUUCUUGUGGUCUUCUAUACAUAAUAAUAAAUAUUAUAAAGAGAAAAGAUUUUUUUUAUAUUUUUAUAAUGAAUGAGCUCAAAAACUAGUUAACCGAUUUUCAAACUUCUUUCACCUACAUAAAAGUACAUUAUCAGAGAUGAGUAACAUGGGUUAUUUUGUAUUUUCAAAAAAAUUACGAGAUCUCUAUGAAAAUUACACUGAUUAUGUUUUUAGUUAUUUUUGGUACGAAUAUCUAAUUGUUUAUUUUUGUUUACUCAUGAUGGGUUAUCGUGAUGAUAUGGAUGACAAUUUCGUUGUCACAGAUAAUCAAACUAUUAUUAUUAAUACUAUUAUUUACACUAUUAUCUAGCAAAAGAAAAGCAUUUAUAAGAGUCAGCUAGUUCUUUAAUAAAUAAAUGGGAAAAAAUGGAAAUGUUUUGUAUAAUUUUUUGUUGAUUUUUGGGUUAUGCCUUAUUGGCACCAAAGAAAAAAGUACGGUUAAAAAUGCUUUGCUCAGAAUCGUUUUUCGUCACGUACAGAAUAUAUAUAUGUAUGUAUAUUAAAUUAUUCUACGUAUACUCUCUUUCAACUUUCCUCUUGAAAAAAUUGUACGCCCAUCAGCUUUAUCGGACUUUUUACUAUUACAUACUCACUAAUAUUAAUAAUAAUAACAAGAUAUCAAUCGAUGAUAUUGAAUUUCAGUCACGGAGACCUAAUUAAAUAGAUUAAAAACCAUAUCCGGUAUCUAUAUAUGUAUCUAUAGCUACCUAUAAUACACUGGUUUUUAACGUUUCAAUCAGUAUCACAAUGAUUAUUAUAUCAUGGAUACCGUGCAAAUUAAAAUGUGCAACACGAUAUUAUAAUAUUAUUAUAGCUAUAGCCGUAUCGAAACGGUUCAAAGGUAUAUAUACGUUUGGCGAAAGACUCUUUAAACGGCGAGCUUCAAGUUAUAAUUCGUACGAUUUGUUUUUGGAUCCGUAACAACCAUCGUGCAGUAUAUAAUCAUAAUGCACUUGAACGCGGACGUGUCGGUAUAAUGACGUGUACGGAGGGAGGUUAAGAAAAUGUUAUUGCAGAUCGCGUGGUAUAUAAAAAAGAGUUUCCACGCUGCCGUCGAGUGAUAAAAAAUAAAAAAUAAAAUAUAUAUAUAUAUAUAUAUGGAAGAACAAAUAUAAACUAGUAUUAUUAUUAUCGUGUGUCGGCCGUUUUUAUGCGGAUUUCUAUAGCCGGAGAGCUGCUGCAGUAAAGUGUCGUAAAAAUAUUGACGGAAUUAUAGAUAGCUAUGGUUUUUUUUAUUUUUAUUUUUUGCCUCCCCCUUGCAGCGAUGAUACCCGAUAUGGAGAAUCCAGACUAUCGGAAUGUAACUUGAGGUAAAAAUAAUUUAAAAAAUAAUAAAAUUUACCGACUAUAGAGGCGAAAAAAAAAUCGCGUGCUGUCUUGACGCCGCCAAGCCGUGCCGUGCGGCCGCUUGUUCUUUUUGUGCAUACAAAUAUGAUAUACGAUGACUGCCACCGUUUGAAACCCAAUGAGACAUAAUAAAAUUAUAACGAGUGACCGUAUUAUUUAUGCAUAUAUAUAAUGGUGAAACCGACACUUUUCAUCGUUCGUCGUUUUCAAUUGGAGAUGAAAAAUUACACUUGUGGUAUUUCGGAAAACGGUCAUUUUUUUUUUUUUAACAUCUCGCGUUGAUGCAAAAAGUGUAAAUUUAACCAUUUUCUGGUUAUAAACAUUACAAUAAUUAUGCGCUACGUCUACUGCAGAAGGAAAUAGUUCGGGAUAAUAUGCAGCAAUGAAUAGAUACAUUGUUUCCUAAGUCCCGAGUGAAAUUCGCCCUCGGUGCGGUGAAAAAGCCAUAAAAAUCAAUACGGAUAAUGCAGGAUAACGGUGAAAAAAAAAAAAUACUCCGGACGUGCGACGUUAAAAAUAAGACUCCGCGGGUAUUCGAAUCAUCAUUUAUAUAUUUGCUAAAUCGAACAGGCGUUUCCCCGCCCCCACCCUGUAAAAUUGAGGUUGUUUUAAGACUCGAGCUCGUUCGCACGCCCCUUUGCAUAACCAUUUUUUGCGGUGACGUUCCCCGAAAAUCGUACAUUCCGAUCGGUUUUGUCGCAAUAUUUCUUCACGGCGAUGAAACGUUUAUUUUUUUUUUUUCGAAUUAUUUGCUACAGGUACGGAUCACCGCGCGUCCAUUGUUCCCCGCGUACGAUAUUAUUAUGUGCGCUUACUGAAAUCGAGCGCCACGAGUGCGGUGAUAAUAUUAUAUUAUUAUCACGGUUUUAAUAUUACUAUUAUUUUUUUUUAUUAUUUUCGUCGGACGUUUAAGGUGCGAAAAGUCGUGCCGUCGCCUACGCAACACGUCGUCGUAUUACAUUACUCCGUCGACCCGUUCGUGCAGAUUACAACGGACUCGAAUAAAAAAACACCACAUUGUGUCGCGUUUGCAACGGUCGACAGCCCGUUGACCGGUUCUCGACCAGCGUUGUUACGAAAUUAUAUACCUACCAUGUCUACGUAUACCGUAGCCGUCAUCCGUACAGCCCGGCAGACGUUUGACAAUGAUAUUUUCAAUGUUCCAAGUGUCAUAUUAUUAUGUCGAUGGUGAGUGAUACACGAUAAUAUCGUUAUGUUGUUACUAGCCGAACUGCUCGGUGUUACUCGGGUUCAAUUCAUUCAAAAACAUUCGAAAUCAAUUUUUCGGUUUUUCUAGUCAACCGCCUUGGUCAAGAACAGUCUUUAUAAAUACAACGCAUGACGGGCGUAUAAAUAUUAAACAAUACACGAAUAAUAAUUAAUAUACAUUUAUGUAUACAUAAUAUGAAUGCGUUAACAUGUUUGGGACCGUACCGACAAUGAGGUGGCCCCGAUCCUCGGUUCGACUCACUUGGAAUAAAUCGUACGGGUCCGAUUUCGCGUGGGUUCUAAUCACUCGCGAGUCGUCAUCAAAAGUCAUUUAGCAGCUGCAUUGGAGUGCAGCUCUAGUGUAUUCGCAUGUUCGUUGGCAAACUUCUUGAUUUCUUCCUGGAUGAUCGGCAUCUACAGAUAGCGGUGAAUGAUUUUCCCAUAGUCGAACCGGUAUGCUGCUACACGGACACGAAAGGUUUGAACUUUUAAGCAGUUUUAAAUUUUGGAAGUUUUUUGCUGUAAUUCGGUUAUAAAUACACGUAGAGAUUUGAAACUCGGUAAUAAUACUUAUAUUCGACUAACCUAAACAUGUUAAAAUUUAGAAAAACCAUCAGACGACUUUUUUUUUUUUAAUAAGCGUCUAGAAAUCAAAUUUAAACGAAAAUUGCAAAAAAAAUUACGGCACUUCAAAUUAUGUAUUACCGAACUGUACUCGGAACCGUCUUUCGUCAAGCAAUAGUUUAUCAUUGCUUACAGUUAUAAAUGAAAUAAUCUUAUAUAUCCUACCUUUUCAAUUUCUUAUCUAUAAUAUCUAUAAUAUCUACCACAGUCCCAUCCCCAGUGUCAGCUCUUUUUUUUUUUUAAACGGAAUUUUUCCGAAUUUUGUUGAAUCACGUUAUAAUCGAUGUCCAGAAAAUACGACACGAAUUUCCCCUAUCAAGAAUCGUUAAACCGCAGAAAUGCGAUUGCCAAGAAGAAUAGAGCGGAAUCAUUUCUUGCACAAGUCUUUUUAAUUUUGGGAUUUUAUAUUUAUUGAAAAUACUUGCGAAUUGCGUGAUACGUGGACACGUCUCCGAUACGGACGGCUAACCUCGAUGACACAACAUCCAGUGGCGCGUCUACAGUGGCGUCGUGAGAUUACACACAUACUUUUUAUGGAUUAUAAUUUGAACGGGUGCGGGUAUUGAUUUUGUUCUAUUUGCUUAGAGCCCGUCCACUUUGGUAUUCCGUCCGUCGAGUAUCCGGGUUGACGACAACGUUCUCACGGGUCUCGCGGUAGCCCGAGAAUAUUGUCAUUACCUGUGCUACUAUUAUUAUACAGAAUGUGCACUAUAUGGUAACCGAAUCGCAUGCCAAAAAACAAAAAGAAUAAAUUGUCAAGUGUCCGUGGAUUCCAAGCGCCAUUCCGGGUACAGAAAUCUACACCCGAACGACAGAAUAUGCGAACGAAUUGUAAAUAUCGUUAUUAUUUUAAUUACGAAUCUAAAAUCUACAGCGAAAUACGACUAACACCGCGCGCACGACGACUGCGUUCCUUCUACCGGGACGUUUUGCAGUCCUAUAACCGAUUGCACGGGCGACAUAAUUUCACUACCGGUGUGCGCUGCCGGUUAUAAAACUGUUACAUAUUAUUAUUAUUAUUAUUUUAAACUAAAAAAAAAAAUGAAAUAAAAAAAUGUUUGGCACGUCACGCUACAAUACUACCAAUAAGUAUACCUACAUUUUAACACGUACUGUAUACAUUACUUUAAGUAGGUAUACAUAUUUUGGCAAAAGAAUACGAUAUUUUAUAAAUUAACAUUUUUCAAUCGCUCCGCAAUUAUGCGUCGGUCCCAAUACAUCUGCGUGUACAGUUAAAUAAUUCAGAUUCAGAGCACAACGAGGAAUUUAUUGGUUUUACUAUGAUGUGCGUGUGUGGUUUUUAUAUCUGUUAACCGUCUGUACACUAUAACGUCUUUGCUGAAAGCAAAUUUUGUCUAGUUUUUGCACUGAGGACAAUUUUUUUUAUUUUCCUUGUAGUAGUUCCAGACUUUCCGCCUACAACAGUGGCACUUCCACCGAGAAAACGGUAUAUCAGCUCUUUUUUAUUAUGAUUUUUCUAUAAUAUACUUUUUGACAUGCGAUUCGGAUGCACCGUGCCCGCGGCAAUAUACAUCGUGAUUAAUAAUACAUAUUAUCACGACACGACGUGAUACUGCUUCGACGGGGAAUUUGUUUCUCGUAGUAUACCUAUAUUAUGUACUCCGCUUUCCUUCGUCCCGGUCUCGUGGCGCAACAAUAUGCGUUUCCCGAGGGCACCAGUACAGAAAAAAAAAAAAAAAAAAAAAAUGAAAAACGACUACAACCCGACGGCGGGCGGCGUCGGCGAAUAAUAAUAAUAAUAAAAAAAAAAGACUGCGCGAUGUCUCGAUCGCCGCGGCCUUGACUUUCGAACACAUCCCCGAAAAAAAUCGGUCGGUGUAAUUAUAAUAACACGAAAACAAACUGGUCUGUGUAAAACGUACACACAAUGCCUGUAGCACGACAAAGCGUUUUUGCUUUCGCCCGAGACGGGUUCUCGUGUGUAUAAUUUAUAUACACGUAUAUAUCAGAGUCGUCUGUGCGGAUCGCCAUUUUCGGACGCCGUUUUCCCUUUCUGUUCGCGCCGAAAACGCCCGCGACGACGACGACACACACACACGUACCUAACCAUAUAUAUAUAAUAAUAGACGAGCACGCCGUAAUAACACGACGAGUAUAAUACCCAUUUGGGUGGGGAAAAAAAAAAUAAUAAUAACACAAAUUCGAUCGGCCGGAAUUAUUAUUAUCGACCGUCGACCGCGUUCGUGAUCGCGAAUAUCGUCCGCUUGCCCACUUAACACUUGUACACUACUACGCGUAUCGGUUAUUAUGUUGUUUUUUUUCAGCUACGUACACCUGUGCGUGAGAGACGCGAUCUUUUUAAUCGGCCCGGUCCACUAGGCGAUGGCCGUCCGCUACACCGCGGAUGUUACGCGAUAGCGUCCACGCGUUGAUACGCAUGGGUGUAGUAGAAGACGCACGCAGUGACGUGGCGACCGACCGUUUCCGCCGGCAACGGACGUAGCAAAUAUUCAUCGUAAACGAAUCGUAGAAUCUUCAUUUGCGCCCCACUGGUCAGCGGGAAUUUAAAAGCCGGUUCCGAAAAACCAAUUUUCAAUCGACAAAAUCGACUGUAGCACUUACAGUUGAAAUAUAUUGUACACGUGUUUAAUUUCGAGAUUGAAUGACUAGAUAGGGAAACGCUCAUAGUUGCUGCGUUAAAAAGCCAACGUAGACGAUACGGAUAUCAUCCCUGACGACCCGUUCUCCCGGACAUGUCGCUCCGAAGACGAUUUUAAUAGUACAGUGAAAAUGCCGCGGCGAUUACAACGAUACGGCGCGCGUGUCCACACUGUGCUAAAAAUUAUACACCAUCGCUUUCAAGACGGUAGCUGUAUCGAUUAUGACGCUUUCGUGAUAAUUCACUGGCCACUGCUGUAUCGCCUCGUUCGCCCAACGAUGGUUGACACGGCACAGUAUUACCAUCACGGCAAUGAUAUCGCGAUAACAACACUAUCACCGUGUAAACCUGUAGGCUUUGCGGAAGGAAAACGACGAUAACGAUAGUAUAACACGUCGCGGCCAACGUUAUACAUUGAAUAGUGUCGACUUUUCUUUCCGUAGAACCGAUUUCGUUUUGUAUAUUUCUAAUAUUUGAGUGAACUCGCUUACAUUAUCCAACUCAAAAGUAACAACGUCUUAAUUUUUAAACGAAAUACGAGCAAGUGAAAAAUGUAAAUAUCGCGAAACACUCGCAGCGUACAAACGACACUAUUAAAUUGCCAACAUCGACCGUAACAUAUAUAGCAAUAACUCAUUGCCUAGCGAUGUUACGACACACAAAAGUGCCCAUAAUACCAACCGUUGUUAUUACAAUGUAACAUGUAAGACACUGGUAAUGGUACGACACUGAAUAAUUUUUCUGGGUUACAUGACGACCCAAACGAAACAUGAUAUACGUAUAUAAUAUGGCCAAACGGUAACAAAGCGACGGCGACGGCGAUAAAUUAUUAUAAAAAAAAAAAAUAAUAAUAAUAAUAAUAAUAAUAAAAAUUACAUAGAAUCUUUGGGGAACACAGCCGCCGUCGCCGCUUUAUUGUCUCGCGCGAAAACGUGCGCGCGUGUUUGCGAUCGCGAUUUACGUGCGUGACAAAUUUCCAUCGUCAGACGAUUUUCUAGGCCAAAAUAAUAAUAGUAAAACAACAAUAACAGCAAAAUAAAUUUCGAUAGUUUACCUAUACGUAUAUAAAUUUUGGUACGAUAAUUUUAGGCCUUUCGGUGCGAUAUGGCUCGCGGUCGACGCGCACGUAAACAGGGCGUAAUAAGACGUUCGACACGUGAACGCUAUGCGUAUGCUUCGUAGACAAACUAUAGUCCGUAAAUUGAAAUCCAAAUACAUAAAUAAAACACAUACGUAUUGACGGAUAUUUUUAGUUUUGUUCGGAUUUUUACGGAUUUAGAAAUUUCGGAACCUCAGACAUCGGCCGUCCGGAUUAUCCAAAUUUUCGGAUUUCAAAGUUUUUAAAGGCGCCUUUAUGAAUCACCGCCUCAGAAAUUGUUUUCCGUACACGGGUGUUAGCGAGCACGGGGCGGGUUUCCUCAGUUGCACACCUAAUAACAAUGUAUCCGCGGUAAGAAAAAACUGUUUUUUUUUCCGCGAUGGAAAAAAAUUAAAUAAAAAAUUAAACGCAAAACCCGAUACAAUACCUCGCUACAUAUUGUAUAUACCAGCAUGUUAUAAUGCACGUCGACGUUUAACCGACCCGGUCGAAAUACGCGCGCAUUAUCGUAUUAAAUUCUCGUUUUAUAUUCGUUAACCGCAAACCGAGGGGCGAUGGGGGGAAGGGGGGUAACGCACGACAGUAAACCGACCGUCCAAAACGUGUUCAAUUCCGGUCGGUUGCGGUUUCGCGAUUAUACGGCGCGCGGGUCUCGAUACUAAUAAUAAUAUUUUCUCGCCUCGAUUUUCACAGCGCAGCCCCGACCUGCAGUGUAUCGUUUUUCGUUUGCGACGCGAACCCGCGAAGUCACUGACCAGUGAAACGGCCGUCGCCGCCGUCGUCGGUUUUCGAUAUUAUUACCGCGUAUACGGUCAAAGCGGUGCGGGGGUGGCGGGGAGAACGGAGACGGACGGAUUUCCCCUACUCGUCGAAAGGUAAGACUAUAUCCUUUAGUCCGAAGUCAUCAAAGUCCGCGGGGUGACGCUGUAACGGCAUACGACAGAAUACUAGCUAUUGUCGUCGCCGACCGGCGUUUUUAACGGAAUGUUUAAAAACUCGAAUUACUUAAAAAAAAUAAAAAAUAUAUUCGAAUAUUCAAUAGCGGCUAUUGCAGGAUUAUACGUCAUGAUCGGACUCCGUUCUUACACCGAACGGGCGUAAUGUUAUGACCGGUAGAACAAUUAUAUUUCGGGGACGGGGGAUGCGGUUCGUUUUUGUUUCCCCACAUAGUAGCGCAACGUUUUCGCGAAAAAACGAGCCCGGAAGAAAAAUCGUUUCUCGUCUCGUGUCCGUGAUGCGUUUCCCGAAAGUUUGGUUAAGUUAGUUAAUAUAACCCCCCCCCUCCUUCCCCUUUAGAAAUGUUUCCCCGUUCGACCGACAUCGAUUACAAUAUUAGAUAAAUUCAUCGACAAUCUGUUGCCGUGAGACGCGUUCCGGAUUUGUAAUAUUUCUAUCGUUUCGUUAAAAAAAAAUUAAACCCGCGAACGGUUGCUAUUAUAUAUUUAAUCUCGUUUUCGUAUCCAACACGUACCCGUGCAUGUCUGUACGUAUUUGACGUAAUAAGAUUUUUGCAUUAUUAUUGAUAUUAUUAAUGCGUAUUAUUUUCUCGUCUACCUACUGAUAUACAUAUUUUUCGCGUUUAAUAUUAUUAUAUUGCCGAACCGAAUUGUUCAUAAUAUUCGUGUUUCGCGGUAGGAAAUUACGCCAAAAUCGAAAUUGAUAAAAAAAAUAAACUGGUGUAAUAUAGUAGAUUUCGUCGUUCGGUCGUAUAUUUCGUUCCAGGAUUACAUAUCAUUUAGAUUCCGAGUGCAACUAGUUUUACUACGAUAAACACUUUUUCGUUUAGUACCUAAUAAUAGCGCUCCGAAUUGUUCGCGUCGUCCAUUAAAAAAUUUGGCUUUUUCGUCAGCGGUGGCAGUUUUAUUUGAUAUAGCUUUUUACCGAUUGUCAAUAGUUUUUCUAAGAAAUUUAAACAGCCGGCAACGAAGCGGCGGACAGUUUUUAUGAGAAAAGGCUUUAGUCAAUUUCGCCACUUUCGGUUUACACAUCAAUCGUGUGUAAAGCUUCAUGCCACGUCUAAUGAACGAAAUGUCUGUAGACUAUUUACAAAUGUAUAAAGGUUUGUGACCGAAAUAUUAUAAAAUGCGUUUAACUACACGUAUAAAGAUUGUAUUUUCUUUUACUUCGUUCGUAUGUCAAUAAGAAAAAGGGGCCCGAAUAAACGUAAGCGGUAAAUUGUAAAGGCCUAGAGCAUAUUUUUUUUGUUUCUCUUGUGAAGCAGCUAUACUGUUAACUCUGGCCAUUUCUAUUAUAAAAAAAAACCGCCCCAGUGUCGUAUAUACAUUGGUUUUAUUUUUGGAUAACCUUAUUUUGUAACAAGGGAAGAAACUCGCCACCAAUAUAGACUAUAAUAUUUUACCGAGCUUCGUUCAGAAUAGUUGACUUUUUGAUAUCAACGAUUUAUUGUGCAGAGUGUAUUUUUAAUUAUUUCUCGGGGAAGAAUAUAAAAAUACAUAAUAAGUUAUCUACUUGGAUUGUAUUGCGUUUGUUUUCACUUCGCGAAUCAGAUAUUUGUUCGUUUUCAAUGAUUAUGUAUCGUACAGUUUAAAAUCGCAUAAUGGUUUUGUUUUGUUUUGAUUUUUUUUUAACUGUAAUUAAUGUUUUAAAGAUUGUAUACAUUUGUUCCCGAUAUAGAAUAGAAUACACAUUAAUCGUAUUUGAAUAUAUUAUUUAUUACACUGAACAAUAAUUCGAAGGUUAUACAAAUAAUGUAAAAUAAAGCACGCCAAAUCGACCUCUAUAUACGUAAUACGAGUAAUUAAGGACGCCCUUGGACGGUAUUUUUUAUUUUUUAAGUAUUUUAUUAUUCCCGAUGAUAACAAUUGAAAUUUCGCAACAGUAUAAAAUUUUUUCAGUUUUUUGUUUUUGUUUUGUUUUUUUUUUUGAGAAUUUACAGUAAUUUCCGAUUAUAUACGUAGUUAUAAUAAUAUGAAUGUGUAUACAUAUUAUUAUUAUACUGUUUUUGCGCAGACCGAACCAAAUCCCCGAGUGCCUACCUAUAUAUUAUAACGAAACUCGACCGUGUUUUAAGAUCAAUAUUAUUGUUUUUAUUAUUUUUAUUAUUAUUUUUAUUUUUUUUUUGAAUCCCAUUAUCGACCGACGCGGCAGUGUCGCACCUACGUCGGACUGGUUUUUUUUUCUUCUACCACUUGGUUCAAGUACAAGUUUAAUGUAAUAAACCGAUAAAUCCGAGAGAGGGUUGUAAAUCGUAUUAUGCGAUUUCCUUGUCGAAAAACAAUCAAACGAGCGCAUUGCGAGCGACAGUCUCCAGAGCACCCGCAGCCAAGUACCCACGGCCGGUGACUUUUUUUGUACAAGUACGACCGGUAGACGCGUUAUCGAAAACUAAAAAAAAUAAAUAAAUAAAAACCCGACCGCAUUAUAACGCGUGUAUUGUCAUUGUCGCGUUUUAUGCGUACCUAUCUCCCAUAUAUUAUAUUCGCGUGCUUUUAAUAAACGAUUGUCGCUGCAAAUUCGGAAGGUCCUUCGACAGGCGCACGCGGCGAGCCUUGACGAAGCGGUAAUAAUUAACGACCAAUUAAAAAACGAAUAAAAAAAAAAAAAAGUACUAAACCGCGACCCAAAACGGAUUAUUUCAUUAUAAUAGUAUUACCUGUUGUUGAUUUCGAGUUGAAUUUUCACAUUACGUUUACGGUGCCAUGUUGAAUCCGACAUACUGAUAAUAAUAUGCGAUAGAAACAGAGUGUAUUUUAUAAUUUUGAUCCGUUCGAUAAUCAUUGAGUUACGAAUCGAUAACGUUUGUUCGAACUUGUGACGAGUUUUAAAGCGCAUAUUAAUUUAUGUAAACGCCAAAUCCGGCUUCGAUUUAAGUUACGGAUAAAAUAUGUAUUUAAUUAGACUAAAACCAAACAGUGGUUGUGAAAGUGGAUACAUGCGUAAAGCUAAAAUCCAUUUAAAACUAAAGUUUUGAAAGAGGUUCUAAAAUACCGAAAAUAAAUGUAAUAUUUAAAUCAUUGUAAUGGUUACUUAUUUUUUUUUACACCAAAGAAUAAUAGUUAAACUUAUUCAGAAUAAUCGAAUUGUUAAAUUAUAAACAAUAUCAAAUGAUUUGGAAAUACGACUGUUGUACGUUAUAGAAGUUACUAAAUAAACUUUUCGACAUAUUUCCACGUUUUCAGUGCACAUUUAAGCGCUUUUACGAAUGUUUUUAAGAGCGUAUCAUUGCACUUUUAACAAACAUUUUUUAGAGCCACAAGUUACGAGCCUUAGUGAUAACUCUCUCUCUAUCUCUCUCUCUCUCUCUCUCUCUUUCUUAUCCCCAUAUACUAUAUUUUACUUAUGUGCGAGUCUGUCUCGCUCGCACAUAAUAACACGUUGCAGGUGUAUUCAAUAUAUAUUACUAACCAUUUAUUAUAAGUCUGUAUGAAUGUAUAGUGCAUUAUAUUUUUCGAUUUUCGUCUAUUAAAAACCGGCCCCGUGUAACUGCAGUAUGUAUUUGUAAAUAGGAGAACGCGGAGAGUGAUAAUAAUAAAAUACGGUUUACGAGUCGAAAUGCAUAACGAUUUUACGAUGAAAAAAUGUAUAGUAAAAACCGUUCCGGUCGACUAUUGAUCGGGCACACGUUUUUUUUUUAAUUUUUUUUUUUUACAUACCUAUUACACCUGUAUAUUAUACAUUAUACACCCAUAAACGUAUAACGCGCAAUUUAUAAACACAACAAAAUACCUAAUAAACACCACGAAGAAAUAUGUUCUCACCGAAACUCGUGUUAUUUUCUAUUAUUGAUAAUAAUAUAACGAAAAAAAAACAGAUAUAUAUAUAUAUAUAAAUAAAUAUAAAUGUAUACGUUUCUCAAAAUAUUGUUUUAUAAUAUUGAAUCAUUCGUAAUAAUAAUAUUUAUUCCAGUUAUUGCGUUUACAACGGAAUGAAAACACAUUUUGAUUUUUGCGAAGUUUGUACGGUAAAAUUUGAAAAAAACAAAUAAUUCUCAUUGUUUUUUAUUUGUAUUUAUACAGUAGUCUUCCAUGUGAAUUUAAAAUUGCCCGUAACUCGCGUUUAUUUCAUAACAGCUGGUACUGUAGUACACAUUCGUUGUAAUUAUUAGGGCUCGAACUUUAUUGCGUUAAAAAGUGAUUGAAAUUGAUUGUAUAUUAUUGCUCUAAAAAUACUAUACAAUUUCUGUAAAAAUUAAUUUAAAAAAAUAUCUGAGCUAAAAUGACCCGUUUAAUAAAUAUACACCAAUACGUAAAAAUAAAAAUAGUUUUCCGAAAUACAAUGCUACAGUUUAAUUUAAAAAAUAUACCUAUUUACACACAUAUUGAUUGAAGGGUAGUUAAAUACCUUUAGAAUUUGGCGUUUCUUUGGUCAUCUUAUGAAAAUGUACCACACUUCUGUAACACAUAGGUACACAAAAUAACACUGAAACGUAAUACAAGUAAUUGUUCGUAAAAAAUUUACGUAUAAAAAAAAUGACCAGUUCACUCUAAGGUUAAAACGAACAGCACAGCGAGUUAUUUCUGUUGAACGAACAUUUGCCACGUCGCGUAUGGUUAUAAGACGGAACCAACACAUAGAGUCAUCUCCGUCAUCUUUAACAACGGAGAAAACCGUCAUCUUUAACGACGGAGAAAACCGUCGGGUAAAAAAAAAAAUCGCCUCGUAUUAUAGCCGACAUGAAUUCCGUAGCAAAAGCUUAUUGGAUGGACCUUUAAAUCUAUGUACGUUAUAUGAACGUAUAAUACAAAAGUGAUAAUAUUGUUGUUAUUAUUAUUAUCAUCAUCGCCAACGUUAACGGAAAACCGUAAAUGGUCACGCGAUUCAUAGCGGCCAUUAUAUGAUAAUUAAAUUACACACGAGUUUCUACUCUUGAGACCGAUAGAUAUCCAAAGGAAGCGCUUACAAUAAAUAAUAAUAAUUUAAUACGUUUCUAUUAUUUUAUGAAUGGUGACUGAUUUUAGUUUUUUUUUUUUUUUUUUCAUUCUCCCGGAGCUUAUUUUAUGAUAUAGCACCGAAUCAAAUAAUGUAAUACAUCUACCGCAAGUUUGCGGUACAGUCGCAGUAGUCUCUCGUUCGAUUAUUAUUUGCCCGGUCUAGGUAAACGAUUUUAUAGCUCAGAAUUGCAUAUUUUAAAAUCGGGUAAAAAGUUUAACCGAAAUCGUGUGUCACCCUUUGCCAAUAUAAUAUCUAUGGCUCCCGGGGAAAAAGAGCUCAAGUCGAUUUUGAAUUACAUGUAGAAAAUGCAUACUCUUAGCCAGUCAAGGCAAAAAAAUAAAGGGGAACAAAUUAAAUCCGACAAAAUUAAAAUUAUAAUUUAGCCCUUCUUCCUCGGAAUCAAAAAUAUGCCCAUAGUUUCAAAACUUUCUGGUGCUUUCCAAAGAGCUAACACAGCCCCGUUUUAGGAUUUUAAAGGACGACGAUAUAACGUAUUCAAUUUGUAUACCUACUGGUCGACACUAUUUUUCACAGUAAUAAUGUUGUUCUCGAUUCUUACGGCGAAUGAUUCGUGAACUUAUCUACCAUACAGAAUAUUGAAAGUAUAUUAAUAUUAUAGGUGACUCCCGUGUUUUUUUAUAUUCUAAGAGGAGCGGUUUAUGGGAGGUAUUUGAAAUCCAUUUAUCAGUGAGUUUCUUUUUCUCGUGGGGUUUGUGACUAAAAUAGUCGUUUAAAUUGUUUAGUGUAAUAAUAUGGUAUAAAUAAGUUACUAGCGGAAAAUGUAAAUAAAGCUAAAAAUUUACUGAGUCACAGAGGACGAGGUCUUACAAUAUUACUGUUGUCACGGAAGAAAAAAAUUACGCCGCCUCGAAUCGUUAUUUUCGAGACAGCUGAUGACGACUAAAUACGGCCUAUCCGUAUAUCUAUUCGAUAUCUAUAGUACUUGCGCGUUUUUAUAAUGCCAACCUAACUCGUUUGGUAUACCAGAUACCUCAAUCGCAGUUCUGUCCUACUUGACGUUUCUUUAAGCGGGCACCAAACGAAUAACCCACCCACUUAAAUUCGAUGACAAUGUGAACAUAAUAGAGCGAUGUUAUAACGUUUAAUCGUCGUUCGUCGCCGUCACCCAUUUCGUUGCAGGUGGCAAAAAAAAAAAAAAAGUCGUUAAUUUUUUACGCGUCGCAUUGUUUGAUUUUGAUCGUUUAUUACGGAUAAUACGACACGAUAAUUCACUGCUGCGUACGUCGAUGAUUUAAUUACUACACGGGUAUUUGAUCGAUUGUUUAUUUAGGUAUAUUAGGCAUUAAAUAUCCUUGUCGGAAACGGCUCGGACGACAUAUUUCGACGAUAAUUUAAACCCUCGACGGGACAUGUAUUUGCGUAUUUUAUUUAAUAUUAAGUUCAAGGUCUCUAACGUCAAUAAUUAUCGUAUAAUAGACACGUAUGCGAGAUAAAAUUGAUCGGGAGGAAAAAAUAACAUAAUAUACUCUAAUAUGAAACAAUGAAAAUUCCGAGCUCGGCCAUAAUCAUUGUAGAAUGACUGUACCUGCAAUGCGAGUAUAUUAUGUAAUAAUAAUAUACCUAUAUGGGUCGUAACGUCUUAUUGAACGGACUACUCGGUGUUUGGAUUUUAUUUUUUUUUGCAAAUAUUUCACGUUGGCGACGAACUAUUGGCGAAGACUGUAACGGCCGGCUUCGUCUUAUUCUUAUACCUAUCCAAGAGUUUUCGCGUCCAAAACGACACCGCACUCACGCCUUUUUGUCCCCAUCUUCAGCCACGCUUUUCCAACGUGUCCAUAUUCCUUGGGUCUUCUUCGAGAACGUCGAUUCGCCUAUUCCUGGAUCCACUGUGAAAUAUCUUCUCCCCAGAGACUUCUAUUCUAGCAUUCCCUCGUCGUAUUACGGCCGUUACAGCCUGUGCCUUUUAAUAAAACCGGUCGGUCGCACAGCUGCCUAUGUAAUAUUUUUUCAGUAGGCUUACGGGUGAAAAACGUUAAAUAUAAGCGAUUUACUGCAAUAAAUUUACGAAUAAUAUUGUACAAGCCAAUAAAAUGUUUGCCCUUUUUGCCUUGUUCUCGUGCCUAACCGAUCAAAACGGUUCGGUUUUUUUGUUUUUGUUUUUUUUUACCGGAGAGAAAUAGAAAUGAAAAAAAAACACACACACUGUCUCUGGUGAAAGACCGCCACCGCAACGCCGCCGGACGGAAUGUAGACUUCGGACACACUGGCCUCCUUCCGGGCUCGUAUUAUUAUUGUAUUCACUUUUCAAUACGUAAACACAGACGCGCGCGCAUACGCUAGACUGCAAGCGAUAUAAUAACAGAAAUAGUCAUGGAAUUCAUUUUUGUUUUUUUUUAUUUUUUUUUUUCAUUUUUUUUUUACUAUAAAUAAUAUUUUUUCCGAUACGCGUAUUUCGAUAUUAUUGUCCGCGCACUCGCGCACGUGUGUGUGUAUGUGUAUGUGUGUGUUUGUGUUAUGACGUGGAGGGGAAAUAAUAUUAAAUGGGUACCUGCCGAUGGUAUCACAAAACAUCGCGUUUCAAUUCCGGCGAACGAGCUGACGAGCAUAAAAAAUAUUACAACAAUAAUAAUAUACAUAUGACGUACCAUGCAUACACUACGUAUAAUACGUCAUAAUGUGCGUCAUAAUUCAUUGCGGCCACAUCCGUUCGUUAAGUCGGAAAUCUGGCGGAAACGCGCGCCGGAAGCCCCGACCAGAUUCUACGCGAAACUCCAUAGCUCCGAAGGCGAGGGUAUUACCAUCGAUUUUUCCAGACGAGUUUACCCGCGGCUCACAGAUAAAAGCGCGUGCAAAAAAAAGCCACUUCCGAAAAAAAAUGUCCCCAGAAUGGAAUCGACGUUCUUAUGUUACUAAGAAGACGGUUUACGUUCGAGUUUUGUUCUCUCAGUCUUAUAAACCAAAAUCAGAGACUAUUAAUUUAAGUAAUAGUGCGAAUUGACCUAUUAUCAAAUUAAACGGAAGAACAUUAUUUGUGUUUGUACGCGUUGGUGUUUUUGUUUGUUUAUUAAUUAAAUUUGCAUACGAGAUAAAUGCGAACGUGUAAAAUAUUACAAUUUAAAAACGCUUCGUAUCUCGUUCGAAAAUUAAAAUAUCGGAAAAAGCCAUCGGGCAAACGCAGAUAAAUAUCGUUACCUUUGAGUUUCGUCAAUUCGUUGUAACAUUAUAACCGAAAGCACGCCAUUCGUUCCACUGAACGAAAAUUAUCGCUGUACCGUGCGUUUGUAAGCUUAACGGACUUGAUCUCGCGAGCAGAGUCGCAGAGCCGAGACGGAGAACAGUACCGUCCGGUAAAAUACCGGUCGGAAGACUCGAAAAACGGAAAUGAGAACGAAACGCGUAUAGGCUUUCCUUCAAACGAUUUUACAAACAGACCGAUGUCGUAAAAUAAUACCCGAUGUCCUAUGGUUUAUCGAAUCUGUACACUCGGCCCGCGCGAUUUCAAAUAAUAAUAAGUUUAAAGGUAUAGAAAGUUAUAGGACCGCGCGACGUGGAAACCGAGAAACCCGCGUCGACAUCGACGGCAUUCUCGUUAUUUAUUACCUUGACAAUUUAAGCCUAUAAAAUAUAUUGUAUUAUACGCACGCACAUUUUAUUGGAAUUUUACUAGUUUUUUUUUUUUUUUUAUGUAUUUUUCUAUCUUUUACAACUUUUUUAUAACGAUUAUAACGAUAACAUAAUAUUGUUGCUAUGAUGCAGUCGGGAGGAGUCGCGAUUGAAUCCAGUAUAAUCAUUAUAUUACUGGGUUACUGUCGCUUUUUUAAAAUUGUUUUAUAGUACUCGUGAAUCGAAUUUCGGCGGUCAACAACCUCGGUUCAAAAAAAAAUAAAUAAUAAACAGUUUGUAUGGAAUACGCAUUCUUUUAUAAUACGAGACGUUUAUGAAAUUAUCAUUUUGCGGGAUAAUACGCGACGCGACUUGCGGAUAACUUUUAAUAAAACGUACGGGGGGGGGGGGCAUUAUAGGUAUAUACGCUCCCGUAACGGAUAUCCUGCACAAUCGAGACAGAGACAGAGAGAGAGAGAAAUUCCAUAAUACGAUCACUUUCAUUUUUCCCCAUCGUCAUCGUCGCCCUCGUUUUUUUAUUAUUUUAAUAAUGCAAAUAUUCAAGGAGAUUGCACGGCGGCGGUAGCGACAGCGUUGGUUUUGCGCGUUUUCAUAUUCUACACCGGCAGCGAAAAUCAUAUACCCAUGGCUUACCAGUACGUUUUACCGUCCGAUUUGCCGACUAUACGAUAUAUCACAUUAUAAGCCUAUAUAGUAUAAUAUGCGCGUAUACUAUGUAUAUACCGGCCAUCGUCGUGAAACGAAUAUUAUUAGUUCUCGUGCUCGAUUCGUGACAAUUUUUAUUAUUCCAUCGAUAGGUAACCACUGCAGCAUUACACAUUACCCAUAUAACAUUAUACAUUAUUGCGCACUACCAUAAUAAGUCAUGCGGCCACGCGGUACAGAUUACGGAAUUAAAAAAUGCUAUUUAAACGUAUGCGCGCGCGCGCUCAAGUAAAUGUCGUAGUUACGAUAUUGUGCGUAUAAUAUUAUUUUUGUAUUCGAGUGGAAUAAUAUAUAGGCUUGCGAACAUUGCGAAUGAGAUGCGUAUACGGUGGAUCCGACGCGGCCGCGCGGGUUAACGAGUAAAAUAGUCGUACAUAAGUUCAUAAUUUUGGCGUUUAUCGUUACCUACAUUAUUUUUUUACUACCUUUUCGUCGCCAAAAACAUCAGCGCCGUCUAUCCGCGGCCUUGUCUUGGAUGAGCACGUUUUCCUUUAAAUUCUCUUCGAGAACGUCGACCUCCACUUUUAUCUUUGUCUCUUCGGGAUUAACUUUUAGCCUUGGAUUUUAUAUUCUGAAUGUAGAAAAUAAUGAAUUUGUUUUACAAUGAUAUUUAUUUUUUUUUUUUAAAUAUAUUUACUGUGACAACAAUUUCUACCAGAAAUCAUACUUCGACAUGUAAACAUGACACAAUUGUCUGGUAAAUUAAGAAGGUCAUUUUUCGAUUUUUCAAGCGGUUUUUAAAAUAUUUGGGAAAAUCCGAGAUAAAAUAUAAGAAAAACGAGACAAUUUACGAAAAUAAUGCUUUUUAUUAUUUUAAAUCUUUUUCUUUUUUUGUUAUAGAGAUUCAAUAUUCAUAGAGACUUGAAAUUUGGACAGAAAUCUGAUAUUUGCUUUUCCUGGACAUGAACAAAUUUUCAAAAUAUUCGAGCCAUUUUUGAGGUAUUUAUAGACAUUUUAAUUUUGCGAGUUUUGUACCUAAUUUUUAUUUCAACCUAACAUACGAUAUGUACUCUGUGGUAAAAUUGUUAGACCAAACAGAAAUGCAGAACAUUUAAGAGGAGGUUUUUUGUGGCCAAAAAGAAAAUUCGAACUUAAUGUAGUAAUUUUUUUUAUAGAGAAAUUUUAAUAUCAAAUACUGACGAUAAUCGUUUAAGAAAUAAAUUAUGUAAAACAAAUCUAAUAAUUGGUUCAAACAAAUUUUUUAAUUUGGUUUAAAAUAUAUCACAUAUGCUUAUUGUCGAUUUAAUAACGAUGGUAUAGUCAAAAUUGAGCGGACUAACUUAUUUCGGAAUUAUAGAUUUUUUAAUUUCUGAUACGUGGAUAUUAUAUGAGGGGCGACAUUUAAAAUUGUACUAUUUUUUUAAUUAUGUAUAUAUAUUUUGCACACUUGAACUUAAUAAAAUAACGAUAUUUGAUUUCAAAUUAUACAAUGUUAAGUAGGUAAUCGAUUAAAAUUUCUUUUAAUUUGUGCACAGUAUUAAAUUUACAAUCUUUAUUUGAAUACCUAAUUUUUUUAGGCUUUAUCCUGGGUUUGUUUUAAUAUUUACUCAACGUGAGUACAUUAUCACGACCGUCGUUAUUUUCCGAAAAUCAUAAACUCGACGUUUAAUGAAUUUCCAUUGUGACAAUACCAAUUUUACAAAAAAUGAACUCAACUUAAGAGUCCAUAAAUGAAUUGCAUUUUAAAAUAUUUAUUUAACCUCGCUUAGUUGAUUAAUGCACUUGGUUUAAAAUUAAUUUAACUUAACAAAAUUAAUAUUAUUCGUUGAUUUUCCUUUAGACUCGCAUUUUGUAAGAAUAUCUCGGCAGUUAUUAUUAUUUUUUUUUAUUUAGUACACCGAAUGGGUUUCAAAUCAAAUUUCAUUUGUCCGCAAAUAUAAUAGGAAUAUCGUACUAAGAGAAAACUAAAUAAAAUUAUGCGUUUCCGUUACUUUCCGAUUUAUAUGAUUGAAUUCGCGCGAAAAUGAUCAAAAACGUUGUAAUUUUUGCCGUACACUUCAUUCGAAAUUUCUGCGAAUAAAAAAAUUGUUGAUUAUUUUAUACAAACGAAAAGGAUAAUUCAUUGUUAAUUAGUAUAGGCGUUGUGUACCAAACUGCGGCGACAUUGUAAUAAUAACACUAAUAUGCCUAAUAAUCCUAUAAAACGGAUAAACACGAGAUUUUUUUCGAAAAACGAUUUUUAAAUGUGUGCACAAACCGUUGACUAUAAAGUAAGUAACAUUUUGUAAGCUCAUAUCUCAUUGAUGGUAUAAUAUGAUACCGUAUCUGCACCAAUGCAGUGUUGCACGUGCAGUUGUUUCGCUGAUCUACCUUUUCUAAAAAAAAAAAAAGUCUUUUACAAACUUUAAGUCCGGAUUUUUGUUUUUGUUGUGAAGCCAUUGCUGAGAAACCUUUUUUCUUUUCGUUUCUCUCGUAUAUGCCGGUAAAAUAUUGAAAAAAAUCCCAAACGAAAAUAUUAUCGAAUUUCGAAACAUUACGCUGCGAGUACUCUGCAGAGAUGUACACGCAUUCGGAUAUCGUUUUGCAUUUGUGUAACGAAACAAUACAAUAAUAUUAUUAUAGUAUUACGAGUAUAAUACGUGCUGUGCAUUAGCUGCGGAUUAUCUCUUCAUUGAUAUCGUUACUUGUCCAUAUCGUUCGUCAUUUACAACAGCGUAUAGCAGCAGCAGCAGCAGCAGCAGUAGCAACAGUGGCGGCAUGUCCUAUCGUACGUUACCGGAAAUACUGGUAAUACCGUUUGAUACCAACUAUUAUAUUAUUAUUACGGCAAAAACCGUAUACGGUGUCAAAAGCGCACAGAGUUCUUCUAACGGUCUAAACGGUCGUAAUUCUGUAAAAGAAAAAAAACAAAUAAUAAUAAUAAUAAAAAAUCUUCACGGGAUCCGUUUGGUAAAAACUAGAUAGCUAACUAUGAUAUUGUACAUACUGUACGGUAUUGACGAUAGAUUUAUCGUUUCCGAAUACGGGGCGACGGAAUCGUUCGGACGCGAACUAAAACAACAUACACGAGCGGCGAAGGGGCGUGUACGGUAAUAUGUGUUUAUUAUCGGAGACGAUUUCGUAUAAAAUUGUAUAUUUUUUUUUUCCCCGGCGACACUAUGUCCUACAUUUUUUUUUUUAUCGCUCUCUUCCUCGUCAUUCCGCGUGACGCAACUAUCGGAAAAUAAUACAAGCGCCCGUAUCGUAAUAAAUAUUAAUAUUGCAUUUCGAUUACACAAACACAAAUAUUAUGCGUUUAUCCUACACGUUAUAUCACACUCGAACGCGCGCAUAAUAAUAAUAUGUUUAAAAUAAAUAAUUUUACGAGUAAUCCGUUUUAUAAUAAUAUUAUGUAUUAUACGCACGCCGGUCCCGCUACCAAAAUUCGAAGUUUUUUCUUUUUUUUUCUCAUAAAAGAUUUCGAUCACUGUCGGCGUUUACCGUUUGCGUAUAUACUGCGAUCAUUGCGGUUAUAUUAUCAUGUUCGGACAUUUACCGUUUUUUCCGUCGCGGUGUUCAGCGUUUUUACCUGCGCAAACGCCGAAUUUAUUAAUUAUAAUUUCAAUUUUUCCUUAGAUCCCGAGCGUAACGAAGAACGUAUUGGUUUUCGCAAACGUGUUUGUUUAAUUUCGUAUAAUGUGUACAAACAUUUUACCCGAAAUAUAGGACCUUUUGUGCGACGGAAUUUUCCUGGAGUGACAGUAUAUUGAGGUCAUUUUUGAUUUUCUCGAGAGUUUUCCCGAUAAAUGAAAAUAACCGGGAAAGUAGAAAUACUAUUAAAGACAAUAUAAUAUAAUGCACACAUAUUGUUGACAAAGCAACACUAUUAACCGCUAAAUCUUACUCCGAUCAGAAUCGUUUUUCGUUGGCAACAGGUAAUCGUUGCGUAUAUACGGAUGUACAUUAAAUUUCCCCUCUACAUUUCCAACUUUUCAUCUACCAACGUUAGCCCACCCACGUGCGAAGUAUGUCCGUAUUUUAAAAUUGCAUUAUAAUAAUUAAUCCGAAGCGUAACAGAUUAUCGAAAAUCGCGAUUAUUGUUGUCGACGGAUUACGAAUUUCGCGCUGGAAAGUCCUCAAUGAUAUCAUCCGGAACGGAUUUCGCGGCGGAGAAUUCGAAGACGACGGCGACCCAGACUUCGCACACAUCUCGCUCGUCUGUGGUGCACAAUGCACUUAUUGUGCACGGUACAAAUAAAUCGAUACUGGUUUUUUUUUUUUUUUUUUUUUUAAGAACGACGGCGGCGACGUUUUCUUGUCGGAUGUUUGUGAAACGUCCGUAAUAAAAUUAUAAUCUUCGGGAAUGCCUCACGAACAUUCCUGCAGUUCAGACUGUCGUCCAUCAUCGAAUCACCAACGUCUAUAUAUAACCGAUGUCAAAAGACAAUUGAUUCGUCAUAAUAAAUUAUAAUGGAUUUGUUCACGUUUUUUUUUUUUUUUUUUUUUUCGUUUUCACUAGACUAGACAAACCGUCAGAUCCUUUUGAUGAAAAUAUGUAACUCGAUUUCGUUAUUAGUAUUUAUGUCUUAAUUUAACAAAAUCAUUCAUCAUCACGUGUAAUAAUAAUAAUAAUAAUAAUAUUCUCCGUUUACUCCGUACCCAAACAAUAUAUUUAUUUUGAAGUUAUCAUUAUUAUUGUUAUCGCUGUGGCAUUUACAAAAAAACUUCGUUUGGAUCCGAACAACUAAUUAAUAACAUAGUCACAUUAAAAACACUCAUUGUUUUAAAUUCCCAUAUUUUAAUAUGAACAUUUGAACAAAUGUUAAUUCAAACUAACAUUAAAAUUUAAUGAGAUUCGAUCAAAUAAGGUUUUCAACAAUACAGUUAAUAUCUAAGUAAUCGAAAUGCAGAAAAUAAGGGUUAAAGUCACUCUGCCUCACAUUUAUGUGUACAUUUUUAUUAGUUUGGAUCCAAUCAUACAAGAACCUGAUAAGGAUUUCGAUCACAUGUUAUGAUGCCACGCUAAUCACGCGUAUAUAUGUUCAAAUUUGUUAAAAAAAAAAAAAUCACCACCAAACAUUUUUACUGUUGACAAUUAUAAGUGCGUUUACACAAGUCACUGAAUUGUAUAUUUAGCAUUGCGGAAACGUUCGUAUUCGUAUAAAAAACACAAUCAAAUAUGUACAAAUAUGUACAUAAGUGGGUUAUGCACACGCGAAGAACACGCAAAAUUUGUCUGGCGGUUUCGAUACGAUACCAAUCAUCAUCACAUUAUUCUUCUUUUCGGCUUUCUUUAACGUUAUUCUCGCCAUUCGAGCCCGCUGCUCGUUCCCCCCCUUCCUCGUUUCUGAUCAUCUCUCCUGCUGUACUCUCCGUUCGUUCGUCAAAACAAACGACGGCGGUUCGCGGUAGCCAUACUGAAUUGUUAACACCGUCGAUAAUUGAUAUAAUAUUAAAGUUAUAAAAAAAAAAAACACCGCUUGUUUUUCGAUCGUUUCGAAAAGAAUAUACGCCCCCUCGCGGUGUCGCUGUUAUCGAAAAAUAAGUACGUAUACACGCGUUUUAUUUCGAGCGUAUAUAGGUGAGGUGUGAAAUUAAUAUAUAGGAAUAUUUUUUUUUAUUUUUUUUUUUUUUACGUCCGAUUUCGUACGAUUCUCCACACGUCGUCGAACGCCGCCCGUGGCCGUGUACGGUGCUCGAAGAAAAACGUACGUGUGAUGCGUUUUUCGACCCAACGUGUCCUACUAUUUUGACGCGCGGGACACGAAAUACGAAAUAAUAAUGAACACCGUCCAAUGGAAUAUCAUAACGACGGUCAAAAAUUCAAAACGCGUAAUGUACCGCGUCGUUUGUUUCGUAAACAGAUGACGCGACGUGAUCGAGACCCGUUGGUACAGCGUAUACGAACCGUAGUAGGAAUUAUCGGGUACAAGCAAUAAAACAAAAAGACACCGUGAAAACCUAUAGUAAAAAAGGCGAUGAAAUCGAUACAUUGUAAUUCGAAUUUAAAAAUCCGACGCCGCGCCCGGUCGCCGUCAGUUUAGUACGCGAUCCUAGGGAGGGAGGGGAAACCAUUAUACCGACGGACCGGGAUCAAACGAAUUUCCCGUCGAAAAAAAAAAAAAUAUAUAUAAACAAUAAUAGAAAAAGCCCGUAAAUCGCCACCGUUGAAAUGACAUUUAUACAUUGUACUUGUUAUUACACGACUCUCGAAAACGACCGCACACACCGAUUCCGCAUACGAUAAUAACACGAUGACAAUGCGCGCAUAUAGACGACUUAACCUAAAUACGUAUUAUACGUAUAUACAGGACACGCGGUCGGUCAGCCGAACUUUCAUGCCGUACGAGCUCGAAAAUCACCGACCGCGACGGACGCAGAGUAUAAAAUGUAUUGUAUAUAUAUAUAUACAGGGUGAUUAUUUUAUCAUGAUACUAUCACCUACCGGCUAGUGAUAGGUAUAUGCAGUUUAUUAGGUACCCCCGAUUUCAUACGCCUCCGGUCUACACUCUAAACCGUUAUAACUCAUAAUAUAUGGUAAAUCUGACACUGUAGUGUUAUGAGCGUUUGAAACGUCCAGAUAAAUAUGCUCUAUUUGAAACUGCGAUUGAAAACAGGUGAGGCGGGGUUUCCAUUUAGAAAUCCAAAGUGGACAAUCGUUUCGGGUAUCCUGAAAUAGGGGUAAACAACUUGAAAACGGCGGUAAAAUAAAGAUUAAACUAUUCCAUCAUAAUGAUAAAAAAAAAAACAGAAAUCAAAGUCACUUGAAAUCCUCCGAGAACAUUUUCGGUUCGUCACAAAAGAAUCACCCUGUAUAGUUACCUACCUACCGGUAAAUGAGCUGCUGUAUAUCGGCAUCACGGGUAAAAUAAUAUAAUAAUGCCGUGAUCGUCGGCUCGCAAAUACGAUUUUAAUGAUGUGAACGCGCGCGCGCAGGCAUGUGGCGUUUAGAAAGCGCGUGGGCCGGUGGCGACGUCGCGCGUCGCCGUCUUCGCGCUCCGAGAGAGUCCUCGGACGCGGGUGACGGAUUUCGACGUUUUCAAAUCGGACGUUUAAUACGCAUUUUUAGUUUUCGUGUCCAAAAGUGACGUCGACGGCCGCGAAUAUGUACCAGAUCAGAACAAAAAUCCAGCAAUAGGAAACGACUCUGCAAACACAAUAUCAUUAUAAUAGUCCGAGUCCACCCUGUCGGCCUGGUCUCCGAAAGAUAUAUUAUGCUAUUUCUAAACUAGUGCUCGAGACUUUAUGUAUUUAAAAUCCACAGAAAACGGCUUAAAAACGUCAAAAGAGCUCUGAAAAAAAAUUUUUAAAACCGAAAAUUAUAGAGGACCUAGAGGAGUUUGAAAUGGUCACUCCCAACCACCUAACCAUUAAAUGCUAUUAUCUAACACAUGCAAUUUUCUAUUUUUAUAAAUACUUACAAUUUGAUUUAAAAACUUGUGUUCGUAAUUAUUGUAAUGUUCGAAAAUUGUAUUUUAAAUUGGCUUUUAAAAAUAUAAUACUAGGUACCUUUUUUUUACUGGUUUUUUUUAUCGCUUUUUUGUGGAUUUUAAGUGCGUUAAAAACCCAAGCUCUAGACUUAUCGCCGUGCACGGAGCUGUCUGCUUCGGCGGACGUAAAUGAUCCGUAAAGAGCAGAAUAUUACAGCAGCUUCAGCAGCAGCAGCAGCAGCAGCAGAAGAAGAAGUCGAAGAUAAAACGGCGAAUCCCUCUAUGUGGCCUAUCUCGUCUCCAUUCUCGUUCUGUCUCGGCCGCCUGUCUUUUCGACCGGCCUGUUCCUACAGGUCUUAAAGCUUGUGCGUCCCUAGGGAGCGCCGGCAAAAACGCGUCCGGUCGAUUAUUCGUAACUCCUUGCGACGGUGGCCACCAUGAUAAUAUAAGUAUGCGUAGGUGUACAAUUAUUACCUUACAGUCGCGUUUUGGCGCGGGAAACGCGAUCGCGCACCGCGCCGUCCUGAACAAUCGAUCCCCUUCCGUCCGUCUAGCCCGCCUCUUUCGGCGACCGUGAAACGCGCUCGAAGUCGGAUAACAAUAUAAAUUAUCGUCGUCGUCGGGCCACACAAUCGUAAUGAUAAUAUUAUUUAUACGAACAGCUCCGGAAACGCACCGCAAGACUCGGAGAGAACCCUCGACGAUGAUGUCAAAGGCCCACGCCCGGCGUUAUUUUCUACCGAUAUUGUAUACCUAUGCUACCGCUCCUUUAUCAUCGGUUUUACGAUAACAUUACACCGUAGCGAGUCUUCGGCUAUCCCCGCGAUUACGUUCAAAUAUCAUUGGUAAUCGCAUUUGAGGACGCGAUAACGGCUGCGCAAUUAAAAUGGCGGCGCAAGGGAGGAUACAGAGUAGUUAUCAGAAAAUUGAUAACGAUAAAAGUACAAUAAAUUUUUGUAUUUAGGGGUAUUAUCAACGUAAAAAAAAAAAAAAAAUAAUAAUUUGCCUAUGCAAUAAUUUAACGCUUAACGCUCGUAAACCUUGUAUAAUAAAUUAUGUAUUCACUAUUGAAUAGUUUAUCCACCUCGGUUAUUUAUGGUGAUUAACGAUCCAGAUUCAGAAUGGGUUCGAGUUAAAACAUUUGUACAAUCAUCACAAAUUAGUUCAAUUGCUAAUUUACGAACAAUGAAGCCAGCAAUGUGUUCAAUAAUAUCAUCAACUACUUGCUGUGAAAAAAGUAAAAUGAUUAUUUAUUCGUAAAUUAAUGUCUUUGAUGAAAAAAAUAUUUCUAGAUGAUUCUUAGCUUUAUAAUUCCUAACCUGGCAACAUGUAAUCGCGUUCGAUCAAACGUCCCAUUGUACAAUAGUUAUUAUAAUAUUUAUAUGUAUAUAAAUUAUUGUAAAAAAAAUCGACGCACAGAAUAAUAAAUACAUUUUUUUUUUUUUUUUUGAUAAUGAAAAUGUCUAUACAAACAUUUUGUUGUGCAACGUUGGUAAUAUUUCAAACUGAAUCAGAGAAAAUCUCAUAACAAUUUUCUGAAAACCAUUAACAUCUCGGUAAGGGAAUACAUUAUAGCGUAAUGUUCGCCAUUUCCGAACACGUGAUAACGCCGUCGACGCGCAAUCUACGCCAUGUAUGAUAUUUCAAUCACGGACGAGUAGAUUGUCGAUACGCGAGUCUCGUUUAAGCGAUCCGCAAAAAAGGAUCCGUUUGGACGAGUAUCAACAGAAAAAUAUCGUUUAACGAUAAAAAUACACCAGAAAAAGUGGGGUCCUUAAGGUUUUAUCGUGUACUCGUGAAAUAAAUUUUCCAUCGCGGGACACCGGGUCGUUUUUACGAACUUUUCCAUUUGUGUGCGGGGCAGUUAUUCGAGAUUUUUGCAUCCGAUUGGCACGGUAAAUCGGAAAUUACCGGGGAAGGUUCGCAAGAGACGUAUAUCAAUCGGCUAAUACACGAGUAUAUACAAUUUCAUCGCGGAUGAGAAAUCCACGAUUCUACUCUCCCGAACGGACGGUUCUCUCAUUUAUUCGCAUUCAUUCAUGUUUUUGUCUACUGUAUUCUCGUUCAACGCAAUAUCAGUCUCAUUAAUACACCGCCGUCAAAGUGUGCGGUACACGUCAUGUACACAUCAAAACAAUAUUGUACUUCGUGACUAUUUAGUCGAAACCUGUCUUUCUACAGUCAACCUAUACCUGUACUAUACAGUGAGUAGUCGGAUUAAAAAAUGUCCACAGACUAAUGAUGGAAAUGCGCGUGUGUGCGUGUGUGUGUGUGUGUGUGUACUUAAACGACAUGACUAAACAUAUUUCUCAAGCAACAGGGAGAUUUAAUAUAAUAUUGCUAAAACACCGUCAAAUUGUUGCAUAAAAGUUGUUGAUUUCGUAACAACGACCACAACGGGCCACUUCACCGCUAGACACGAUAAUAAUUCAAAAAAAAAAAACAACCGAUUUUUCACAAAAACAAAAAAAAAAAAAAACACCUGUAACGCAAGAUGACAAUAUUCAUUGAACACGUCAAAAUAUUUUACAAAUUUCUCAAUAUCCGUGUAUACCCGUUAUGUAGCACCGACAAGAAUUUUCGAAACGAUUACCCACAUGGCAAACGGCCAAAAACGUAAUUCGUAUUAUUAUUCAAAUGUGUCAACGAAUUUAUUUAUGUUUUGUUAUAAAGUUCGCACAUUAAAUGCGAUUCUAUGUUAAUGUUUUCUAUUAGAAUGUAAUUCAAUACGCUCGUUUUCGAAUAUUGCAAAAAAUAUAAUAAUAAUAAAUAAUAUACCCUACAGUUGUGAUCGUUUUAUACACCAGACACGACGAAAUUCCGUCUUCGUUUUGAAUAAUAUUUUUAUGAGAACAUUGUUUCGCGCAGGUACACGUUUUCACGAAUCCCCGCGAUGCUAUUUACAAACGAUUCGCCCCGAGUUCGGUGUACGCGCAACGGCACCGUGUUCAAAAGCCGAAGGUGCAGAAAAACGUAAUGAUAUUUUACGGUUUUGUGCGAUUAUUUUUUAAUCACACGGCGGAUCGCCGAGGAAGAGCCUAGCGGUAGCUAAAUCUGGUUAUAACUACGCAGAGGCGGCCGAACACACUUUCUAUAUACACUUGUACUUUUCUACGAUUCGUGCGCGGCAUACUUCGGAGAGAGAUAGUAUUUGUGUGAACAUCGAAGAAAAAAAUAAAAUAAAAUAGUAAAUUUACCAAUACGAUAUUUAUUCGUCUCCGUUCAAACUAACAGGAGGCACGUUUUCGUGUACCCGCAAAAACACACGUUUACCUAUGCCGCACAUUUAUCGUAAAUAAUAAUAACGUAAUAUUGUCGAAAAACUUUAAGAAACGAGGUCCCUGGAAAGUUGUUUUGGCCGCAUGAAAGUUUUUUAAUCGGGGUCUUCGGCCCGAUAACGGACCAAGCCGUACGUUUUCCGUGUUAUAAUGGUUAAUAAUAUUUGCAAACCCAAUUCAGAAUUCGCUACUGUUUUUCCUUUGAAUAAAAAAUAUAUUAUAAAGGUGCAUAAUAUAUAUUGUAUAGUUUAUUGUGUUAACGAAAUGCUACGGGAGAUUUUUUGCAGAUAAUGAAGUGACAUAGUAACGUUAUAUUAGAACAACGCAAUUAAUUAAAAACAUUAAGAAUGUUUCGAACAACCUAAGUGAGUGCCUCAAACGAUUAACGUCCAAACAGUUCCAACACGCUAAACAUUACCGAAUCGAUUCUGGUGAACAAACGACACGCGUGUAAGAGAAAAACGUUUUGGAAAUCUCGGAUUUCCUGAAAGUCCACAGGCUGGGUUUAGUCUGUUCUCGGGUACUCUACUCGAUUUCCGGGGAAUACACUAUAAAGGCCAUUUGAAGUUUCCGCCACUUUAACCGCCGAAUAUACCGUUUUGUCUUUUACCGCGCUCGUCUUCAUCGCCGCCAUCAAAUUUUGUUUUUACGGCAAUAUGUUUUGGUUCCUGUGUGUGUGUGUGUUUUUUUUUUUUUUUUUCGGAUUAACGAUGACGAUACUUCAAUAUUAUAGAAGUCUCGAGGCGUCGUUUUUAUAAACGUAAAAAUAAAAUAACGUUAUAAUAAUUCGAUACGAAUAUUCCGAUAAGAUUCGGUCAUGAUGGUGACGGCGUUACCGAACCGCUCCGGGUGAUGUUGUCGUGUUACUACGGUUACGGCGCAGUUUACCGACUCCGCUGCAACAUUAGGAUUGCAGCGUAUCAUUGAACGCGUUUCCGUCGGUUCGCCGGUUCUAAUUAUGCAGAUGGCGUAACGUGGCGGCAUCAGGCGACACGAACAAUUAGGGCGAUUAUAAUUACGUGUACGCAUACUCGUGUACAAUAAAUAAAUAUCGCGUUCGCGGCGGAAUUGCGACACGUUUAAGCCGUUUAUAGAGUGUUUUUGCGCGAACGCGUAUAUUAUAUUGCUCGAAAAAAAAAAAAAAAAAAAAAAAAAAGGAAAAAAGAAGAGACGCGAUGAUGCGCCGUGUCGAAAUUUCGUCCGAGAUUUCGAACGGUCGUGUGCACAGUGCAUAAUGCAGUACCGAAUAAAUCCUGAUGGUCGAACGAAACGGACACGAGACAAAAGCGAUUUCGCGCGAAAUUAAACCGAAACUGCUCGAAUGUGUCGCGUACAUUACGUGUAUAAUUCGAUUGUCGAAUUACGGCACACGGACUAGUAAUCUGCGCAAUAACAGCGACGGGCGCGCGUUUUAAAGACGCACGCGAAAACCGUUCGCGGAACGAUUUUUUAACGCGACCUUGCCGCCGAGAAUAUUGCCAUUCGGAAAUCGAUUCAUUUCACGCCCGCCCCGCGGUCGACCCGGUAGUCGAAUUCCCCGGGCCGCUCGUCGGCCGCGGCUCGUUGCCGUCAUCCGAUUCGAGCGUGGAGGUCUGCGGGGGUAUUUUCGACACCCGGUAUCUCGCCGUAAAUCCAUGCAAUUCGAACGGUACGAAUGGCGAGGGCAAUGGCGCGAGGGUCGAAACCCUUAAAUGGCAAUUAUAAAAAAAGAUAACAAUUAAAAUGAUUAUACUUACUCGUUUCCGUCAAUACGAGUAUAUAUGUAUAUGUAUGUAUUCAACAUUUCAUCUAUCCCGUCCGCGGGGGCGAGCGAAACUAACGAAAAAACCUCCCCUCCGCCCGCGACCGCGUGCUCAAAUUAUCAAUAUCGAAACGUUCGACCCGGCUUUCAAUCACCUCGAUCGGCCCGUAAAAGAACUUUAUAACCGCUCGUAUUUGAAUCGGUCAUUUGUGUAUCAACACGAGUCACAGUUACUAAAAUUGUGUAAAAAAAAAAUAUUAACAUACCGUGGUUGACUUCAAAGCGGAACCCUAAACCGAAAUUAUUACCCUACAGUACAUUCUACAGAGUGGUGUUUAAUUAUUUUAUUCACUCGGACAUUGUUGUUUUUCAAACGUAUGAUUUCAAAUUAGUCGGCGAAUAGUGAAGUACUAACUUUUGAAACCGUAUUUAAUAUUUCACAUCAACAUUAGUUCCUAAAAAGUUUUACAGAUCGAGUUUACUAGCAAAAUGAAAAGAAAAGACCAUCGGAUUUAUAACAUCAAAUUAUAAUAUUGGAAUAUUAAGGCGUACGAACAAAAUCGUGUGAACCGUUUUCUCAAUCGUCGUACGUGGCAUACAAAUGUUGUUUCUCAAAUGACCGAUUCGGUCGGUCCGGAAAUCAGAUAACAGCCGGUAUCGAACCGAACGAAAAUUCGGCGCAGCGUUGUCGGGGAAAGUCGACGAAAACCGUUCGCGGCUAAACGGCUAAACGCUGACGAUUCGGCGGGUUUUUUUUUUUUUUUUUUAUCGCUGUUAAUACUCCGACGAGACCCGAAACCGAUACUUAGGUGUACGUCUGACGCGUCGACGUGUGUACAUCGCCGUCCGUUCUUUAAACAAACGAACCACGAGUCGUGCGGUAAAAAGUACGCGGCGGCGCACAAAACAUUUCUCGUACGACCUCCGUAACGUCCCGAAAUACAUUUUCGCUCGCGCGAUCGGUUUCGACCUCCGCACGUCUGCAAAAGACAUUGUAGGCAUGUGUGUACUCGGGCCGCGGACGAUUUCGAAAUCGUUUUCGAUACGUACACCGUCUCAAACGGUCACGACGCGCGUACCUUUUAUUCGACGAUCAAUAACGAACAUGAUAAUAUUGUUAUCGGCCCCGUCUGUGUAACAAUAAUAUUAUACACUGUUUUAUCGUGCGAAUGUGCGCGAUUAAAUAUUUACACACUGUUGUGACGUGUGUGUGUGUGUGUGCGUGUGUGCGUGUGUGAAAGUGUGUAGAAUGUCCAAAAAGUUAUCUCGGCGAAACCGACAUUUUGCCCGUUAAUGGAAACCAGCUGUGGCGAGAUACCUAACCUAUACAUUUGAGUCUGUUACACAUAAUAUUAUUUUAAGACUUUCUCCGGUACGCGAGUAUAGCCGCGACUCUGCAACAGUGCUCCCCGUCGCUUUCCGACCGUGUGCGCCGUUCGAAAUAUUUAGAUCAAGUGGAUAUAACAUAAUAAUAAUAAUAAUAAUAAUAAUAAUAAUAUCUUUCGUACUGGAUGACGCCGUCAAGUCAGCGCGAUAUUUCGACUCUGCGGAAUAUUGUCAUUGGGAAAAAAAAAAAAAAAAAACCACACACAAAUUGUUCAAUGUAGAUAUUACAAAAGAAAAAAAAAUCCAGGUUAGGUAACGACGCAACUAUAAUGCAAAUACAAAUCGCGUUGAGUAUCGACAUCCGUUUAAUCGACCGAUCCGAAUUGCGUAGAAAAAAAAACAUAUUAUAGUAAGCUCAAUACAUCCCUCGCUUCGCACAAAAUCUAAAGUGCAAGGUAAAUAAAUUAUCCGGAUUCGCCAACACUUAGCACAACUUCGUAAUCGCUGUACCUUAUGCUAAGAAUGAUAAAAUAAUUAUAAGUUACGACGCACGAAGAAUAUUGAAUAUUAAAUCCCCAGAACAAGCAGGGUCGGAUCAGGCUCGAAUUCAGCUCUAGGAAUAUUAUAUUUCCUAAUAGCCCAUUAUUAUAAGGCCGCCUAGGAAUAAUGAUUUUAAUUUUUUCAACGUUAAAAAAUUUGUUUCUGUUCUAUCGGGCAAAAAAUAUGCAAACACAUAAUUCAAACAAGUAAUCGUUUAACUUUUAAAUUAUCAUCUGUCUGGAUUCUAUUGAGUCGAUUUUAUCGUAUUGAAAUGUCCAAAUCAAAAGUAUUUUUGUGCGGAUUCCCAUUUUAGAUUGUUAAUCGUGUAAAACAGCGGAUCGCGUGCACUUUAUUUUUCUUAUGCGUAGGUAUACCCGUUAUAUUGUUGCAAAAUUAGAACGAACUUUAUGCAAUUUAUCGUAUGACCAGCCGUCUGGAACUUUGGCUGUACAACAAUAAUUGUUAUCUUAUGUAAGUGAUUACUAGAAUUCGUCGGUGGAAAAAUGUUGUAAAACAUGUUUCAAUAUGCUUGACAUUCGGAUGUCAUUGUGUCGGGACAAAAAAAUUAGCUCGUCUAUAGGUGCCCGUCUCACUUACACGUCGGUCCGGAUUUAGUCGCCGCGGGUCACUCGGCAAUCGUCAUAGACAACUAUAAAGAUUGUUAUAUCCCGUGAUAAACACCUACACGGUCUCUAUGAUAAAACGCGUGUGUCGCGAUGAAACGCCGACGGUUCAAUUUCCGUUCAUCGGAUUCGGUCCGCGGCCGACGCUUCUUAUCGUACAGGCCAAACGCUGUAAUACCUCGGAUUUCGGUGACCGUCCGUUUGUCGCCUUAACAGUCGUGAAAGUAUACUACGCUCACGUCCGGUCCGUCACGAUUUACGCCUGUCCCGAAAACCGUCCGACGCGUGUGUAGGCGCGGUACGAGCAUCGGCGGAGUUUCGGGAUUUUUUCGACAGGGGUCUUGGACAGAGGCGUACGCAUUUCAACGGCGUCUAGCAAUGGACAACUGUAAUUUACCGAAAUCAUACCGUUUUCUGGGGGGGGGGGUCCGGACACCGCGAAUCCCUCCCCGCCCCCGUAAAUAUGCCGCCGAGUAUAAGUCCCCGUGUAUUCCGCGUGAAUCGUCUGCCGAGUGCGCGUAAAAUCGCGUACAAGUUUUACGUUCGGUCACACUUUUUUUUAUUGUUUUUGCUCCGCAGCUAACCGUAAGACGUACAUAGAUAUCCACGAGGUUUUUUCCCCUGGCAACAGUGGCGUUACAUAACGUUCCGGUUCGAAUGCGCAAUUAAGCUGUCGUCUGUCCGGUCGACGACGGCGGCGAGUGCACAUAUCCAUUUCGAAACGCGUUUUUUUUUUUUUGUUUUUUAUUAUUAUUUAUAAUCCGUUAAAGCGUACGGCCGGGCAGAUCGCGAGAGCGCAAUAAAAAAUAUGCGGGAAGAAAAAAAAAAAUAAAUCGAUGUCGACUCGCGCGAAGAAGACGCCGCGUGAAAAACGUUUUAUUACCGCGCGUGUCGUCUGCGCACACUGUAUACAGAGUGAUCGUUGUAUCACGAACCGGCAAUUUUCUCGGAGCAUUUUAAGUGAAUUUGAUUUCUGUUUUUUUUUUUUUCCAAUCAUUGCGGAAUCGUUUAAGCUUUUACGUUUCACCUUUACUGCGCAUACCUAUACAUUAAAUAAUGUAUAUGCUUUUAAUUUACAAACGGGAACAUUUAAAAUAUCGAUACUUAUAAAGGAUUUACCAUUGAACGAGUUUAGAUCGGAGGAGUAGGCAAAGGUAAUACAAUCCGGGAGACGGUAAACUGCGGCAAAACAAAAUUUAACAUUAUACAAUCCGGGAGACGGUAAACUGCGGCAAAAAAAAAUUUAACAUUAUACAAUCCGCCACAAAACCGAUAAGGCACAUUAUGCAAACUGCAGCAAUUUAUUUUAUUUACCUUCUGUUUAUACUAUGUAUACAUAUCGAUACGAUAACGAUACGAUACGAUAUAUACUCUUAAUGUUUGCAUGUUAUCAAUACAAACAAUAAGAGUAGUCUGUACGAUAUACGAGGGCGUACCCAAAAGAAACCGUACUGAUGUUGUGUGGGACAGAGUUUUAGUAGUACCGAUUUUUUUCGCGGAUUAUAUAAUGUUACAUUAUUUUCGCCUCAGUUUACAUGCAGCGUGAAACCCGUGUCCGUUUUUAGACGAUAAACGCAUAACCCUUAUGCCUACUCCUCCGGUCUACACUACCUACUGUCGUAACUCGUAAAACGGUAAAUAUCAGCGUUAAAAUACACGUCAAAAUAUUCACAAAAAUACUAUUUCUGUUCGGAUCAGUAUAGAUUCAAAAUCAAAUGUAUAUACUCAUUCGUGGCAUUAUCGAGUCGGGGUGAAAAAUUGAAAAUAGUGUUGAUUUAAAGUUUGCACAGUGAGUGAUCGAAUAAAAAAAAAAAAAAAAAAACCCCGUAAACAAAUUCACUUGAAAUUCCCCGAGAAAACUGUCGGUUCGCGAUGAAAAUCGCCCUGUAUGCUUGUUAUCUCGACCUAUUGACAAAACGCCGACGAUCACGUGACCGUAUACGAUUGUCGUUUUUCAAACGGAUUUGCCGCGGAUACCGUUGUUUUCCGAUCCGGCUAUCGACGCGGACUCGUACCCGCGAUCCGUUUCCGAACGCGUUCGGCCGAUUUUCCGCGGACGACAGUAUCGUGUCGCGGCAUACCGUAUACCAGUACGGUAACCGCAUUAUCUGUCUGAGGAUUCGAGAUCGUCGGUGCGCUCGUGUAUGGGUGCCCAUCGUAUUUGAAAGGUUUUCGAUAUGAUAAUUUUCAGACGGCUCUGGUUUUUUUAUUAUCCAGGUGUGCAGAUGUAUAGUUGAAUAUUACUUUUGAAAUCGAUUUUAUUGAAAACCCGACAAUUGUAAAACAAUUUUUUCCUCUUGUUUUCUGAAAAAGGUUGAAAAACGACCGAGUGUUUCUAACGGUUAUUGCACAAAGCCGUUCACUUUCAGUGCACAUAACGAUUGUUCAUUGCAAAAACAGAUCACGGUUGAAAAUUUCAUAAAAAAAAAAUAAAAACUGUUCGAAUUUCCGAGAUGGAAAGAUGCUAGGACCUGUUCAGACAAUACGCGUUCCUCCCCUUAAAGCAUCAAAUAUGUUCCCGAUUACCCGUCCCGCGAAUGCGCGACUGUAAUACUUGUUGUCUUUGGUCUCAAUGAAGACGAGCUUCAAAAAAUCAUUCCGAUGGUACAGACGUAGUCGCGGUCUAUCGGUUCCGCGUGAUAUUUCCUAGAGAUAAUUGUUGUGUGUGUAGAAACACGAGACCGGAUCAUCGUCGCGAAUCGGCUAAAUCGGCGCACACGAAAAUUCGACGAUACAGUAAAUUUAAUUCGACUCGUGCACGCCGUUGUCGCGUUAUUAUUCCUGAACUCGUCCAGACCGUAAUGACUAUUUCGCUGUGCGAUAUUCGGUGUUACGAAUAUCUCGCGGACGUUUCGUUUGCGAGCAGUUUGCAAUAGAACACCCGUGCGGCGCGCGCACGGUAGUUUAAAACGCGAUUGAAAACAAUCGAAUUAAUUACGAUUUGCCGCCGCACGCCCGAAAUCAGUGGAUACAGGUCAACGUACUGCUAAUCCGUCGCUGACCCCUACCCCCCUCCCCCUCCCUCGGCCCGCGCCGGUGUACCGACCGAACUAGUGGAGCGAUAAUGAGAAUUCCGGAAACGUAUUUGAAUUCGCCGCGAAGUCUACUUGAUAUCGACUUUUUAAGGGGAAUUAAGGGGGAUGAAUUUAAAAAGCGGGAAAGUCGAUCUCAAGCAGACUUCGCGGCGAAUUCGACGAAUCCGUUUCCGGAAUUCUCGUCGUUUCACUAGGUCGGUCGGAACACGGAGCGUCUAAAUCCCUGUGGGCCACGCGUGUAAGACGAACACGGAAACCCGCUCGCUUCGGAUCACCUAAAUGCCGGGAAAACGAACCCGCGACGGAAACGCGAUGUUUGUGCAGAAAACACCGUCGCAGUUAACGAACAGCAAUUGAAACCCCGCGAAUACGCCGCGGGUGUUUUACCUUCGCGGGCUGUUCAAUCGCAGACGGGCACUGCGGAUGCGCACGCGCGCGUCGAGACGUUACGGUAUUCAUUGGCCGCGGAACAAACUGACAGAGUCAGUGUCCGUUCGUUUUUCGACUACGUCCUCGUACUCGUACGUUUGCUCGGACGGCCGUGUUCGACGAUUAAUCGUUUUGUUAUUAUUUGUUGUUCGCGCGCAUACGUUUAGAGGGAUCGGCCGCGGGCGCGCGCUUUUUCCGCGCGCCCGGUUUCGAGGUCGCCGACGUUAUUCGACGCGUUUUGUUGCGUUUACGUCCUUUUACUCUCGCGGAAACCCGGCGCGUCCAGACUGAUUUAUUAUUCGUCGGCCGUGUGGUGAAUGCGCGCGGCCGAGAAUUUGUUUAAAAAACGAUUAGACCGCGAAGAAACCGACGGCGGCGGCGGCGAGACGGAAUAAAUUUCCUGCAAAUUACGCGACGGAGCCGCGGCGUUCCGGGUCACUGGAAAACAGUGCCGCCGGGUCGGAUAAAGAAAAUCCUUCCAGUCCGGCGGGCGGACCGUCCGUCUGUCGCGGCUCGUUGCUCGUUUCACGGUCCUACACCUCGGGGCGCUCUCUCGCUCCGUCCGACCGGUCGUCCGCCCGAAGGUUGUGUACACAAAAGUAUUCUGUCCGACGCACUGGUGCCGUCAGGAUUUUUUUUUUUUUGAAGGGGAGCGUCACACGUGGAGAAGUUCAAAAUCUCGACAGUCGAAAUGCCGACAGACUCAAAAUCCCGACAAGUUUAAAAUCCAAAAAGACAGUAUCACACUGAAUUUUGCGGACGCGACUAUCGGCAUCCCCCGAGAUCGUAUAGGCGAUCGCCUAAUCGUGUCCCUUAAAAUUAUUAUACUUGAUAUCAAUUAAAAAAAAAAAAGACCACUUAAAGUUGUAUUUUUUUUAAAUUUACAAUCAAUACGAUAAAAUCAAUAUAUUCAAUAACUCGUUAGAUUAUAACAGAGGAAAUCUGACUCUAGCGGUACUUUAAGGAGGUCAUUUUUUGAUUUACCCAGCUGUUUUCACGAUAAAUGGAAAAACCACGUGAAAAACCGGAGAAAACUGUAAAAUAUUAAAUAAAUAUUAUUUAAGGAAAUAUAUAAUGCAUAUGCAACCAUACUGUUACGUGUACAUUGUAGACAAAGCAACACUAUUAAUCGAAUUUCGCUCAGAAUCGUUUUUCGACAGCAACGGUUUACCGUUUCGUAUAUUGAAUUUCCCCUCUACUUUCCCGACUACAACAGUGGCCCAUUCAUCGUACGGGGUAUAUGCGUAAAUCUUUUUUUCUCUCUUUUUCUAAACGAGCAGCUCUAUAAUUACCGCGUUACCGUUGUUUUUGAGGCCGAAACGAUUUUAUGGCCACGUACUUAUGAUUCUCAAACGGUACGUCCGGUAUUCCGCGAACCGACGGAGUACUCGGUUUGAACGGGUUUUGCCGUUGGGACAUUGUCGAUUAUCGCCGGCCCGUCGGCGAGCAUUUCCACUUUUAGAUUUGGGUAGGGUGACAGUAGCAGUAUACCGUUACACAAAUGACGAGUGUGUCGAUGCCGCGCAUAUUUUUACUACAGGUCGCCGUUUGAGAAUCAAAAGCAGAUAGUCGCUGUGCUUCUCCGAGAAUAACGGUAGUAGGACAUUUCAAAGCUAUUCGUUUCGUCCGGAAAAAAAAAAAAAAAAAAUCCCGAAAAAAGUCGACGUUUUCCGAGAUAUCGCGAUCGCCUGCGCGAGACGACCUGUCUGUAUACCGCGACUAGUAGACACACCGUAGAACGCGUCUAAACCGCUCGAAACUAUUCCGCAAAUUAUCUCUCGUUAUAAAUAUUAUUGUCUAACGGGCGUCGAACCGGAAAAUUGACAGUAGAUUUUAACUCGGCGACGGCGGCGGUAUUGCAGGCAAAACAGUUUAAUAAUCGAACAACACUGCGUCGGUGCAAACAAGUAUACACAAGCAAACGGGCGAGUUAAAUAACGUUAAUUAAAAACUGGGUAAUUAAACGAGCGCGGAAAAACUUUCCACGCCGAGCCGAAUAAUUAAAACCGAAAUUCGACAAAGAAUACGCGUACAAAUUAAUACUAAAAAAAAAAAAAACAAAACCUUCACUUUAUUUUCACUCGGGACCGUCGAGUGUGCUCCGUAGUCACGGCCGUGUACACGUGUUUUGGUUCGCGACGUAGAUCCGUAAAAAUUAACGUACCGCGUUCGUACAGAGAAAACACUUUUGGCCGGAAGAGACGCGUCGGAGUUAAGACAAAAUAAUACGUUGUCUGACCGCGAGUCAACCCCCCCGAAAAGAAUAUUUUGAAUUUAGGGACGGGCCGAUGCCGCGUUUUUACCGUUACGUUGUUAUGAAACGUAUUCGAAUUCGAAAACCGCCGGUCGAUGUUAAAAUCGAACGAAAAACACGUGUCGGUCGAUAACACACGCGGUUUCUUUUUCCCCGUUCCAAAGGUCUUCGGGGCAUUUUUCUCCGAAAAAUUAUAAACGAAAAUCGUCGCCGACCACCGAUACCGGUCCGGUUUCACAUUCGUUUUAUGUCGUACGAAUAAUCGUGGCGUGUGCCUUUCUCGGCCUCGGCGCGGGUGCGUUCGGGUUCGGCGAACGGGCGGCGGGUCGAUACCGAAAUCCAUAACCCAUAACGCGUACUGCGAACCCACACGAAUUACACCCUUUGAUACGAACGUUGCUGACUGCGUGCGUUUGCGUUUUUGUUUCAGGGCGGCAAUGAGUGUGACGACGGCCGACUGUGAGCUCCUAGGCCGCGGGCCCGUGCAAGGGACCGCCGACUCGGACAGCCUGGCCGCGUUGGUCAGGCAACUGUGCAAGCAGCAACAACGCGGCCGGUUGCCGGGCCGACGGUGCGCGGUCGCGUGCAGCCGCGACGCCGGAUUGGAGAUCGUCCCGUACCAGCGGAAGCGGCCCGACGACGAGGGGUUCGAGUCGGACGAGGAUCUGGCGUCGUUGGGUUCGUACGAGGACCCGAACAAGCGGAAAAUCGGCACGCUGUUGGCCGCGUCGGCCGCCGGGACUGGGGCCGGGUCGGAUAGCGCCAACAGCAGCGGCGUGUCCGAGGACAGUGACGACGCAGAUGCCGCCUCGCUGAAGGAACAGGAUGGCGUAACGGCCGGCCCCGCCGUCGCCACCGCGGCCACGGACCCGCCCGGCGGUGGCGGCAGUGACGGCCGAGAGACUUACGGCCUGGCUGACGUGGCGUUCUGCCACACGGACGCGGCCGCUUUGCCCGGCAUAGCCGUCUGGGUGAUCAAGACCCGGAGGGCGUCGGUCGCGGGCCUGGAGGCCAUAGUUGUCCGGAGCCGUGACAACAAGUUGCAAGACGUGUGCCGAGCGUACCAGGAGCACAGCAGGCGACUGAAGUUGGAACCGAAGUUGUGGGCGAGCCAGGCGAACGGCGCAGGCGCGUCGCAGAGGCGCAAAGCCGGAGGCGGCAACGUAAUUUUGACGGCAACGCCCGAAGUCAAUCGGUACAAUCUGGUCCAACGGACCGACACCGACGGGGUGACGCACAUCGAAGUGACCGCAGGACCGGUGGUGGCCACCUCGGCCGACAACGCGUGCAGUUCUCCGGACUCUCGCCGAGCGAUUAGCAGGGACGGGCCCCCGUCGAGCAUCAUAAGCAUCAGUACUCCCGAGUCGCCGAGGGCCAAGAUCCGGGCCAGUGGCGAGGACGAAGACGGGGGUAGCGUCGGCGACGAGCCACCUCCCCAGAGACCGGAACGGAGAAAGUACAAGGCGAAAUCGGAAGGCGGUGACAGCGGUGGCGGCGACGACUUCAGGCGGCAACAGAAGGUGGUAAGGGGUCAGUUUAUCCGAGUGAACGUCAACCACAGUGCCGUAUUACCGCCUACAAGUCCGCCGUCGGACAGGAAGUUCACGGCGCGCCGAGAGCAACCGGUCGUCUGCAAGCCGACCAGUGGCGCGCUGUCCGCGGCCUCAGUCCCCGAUCGGCUCUGGUCGACCGCGGACUACGACAGGCCGGACGGCCGGUACGAAGAACACAGACGAUCGUCGCGGUCCAGCAGCCGGACCCGGAGCAGGAGUUCGGGACCCAGCCGCCGGCAACUUCCGUUACAGUUGGCCCCGGUCGUCCAACCGCCGGCGUCCCUGUCGUCGGUCGGGGCAUCGCACCCUCCGCCGGUCGCGUUCAGCCGGUAUCCGAACGUCGUCGAACAGCAGCAGUCGUCGUUCGGCAACCGGUUCUUCGGAAAACUCCGGGAAAUCACUUCGGGCAACCAGUCGCCGCCGCCCCAGCAGGACUUACAACCGGUGACGUUCCGGCGACGGAACAGCGUCGGCGAGUCGGCCGCUCCGAACUUUUAUCAAUACUUUAGCCAUAACCAUCACCUGCACCAACAGCAGUACCAGCAGCAGCUGCAGUACCUGCAACAGCACCAGCACAACAGGCAACAGGUCAAAAACGGCGGAAACCUCAAAUCGGUCAUCAAAAAGAACAACAAGAGCCAACCCUAUCAACACGCCUACGACGAACCCAAAAAGGUCACGUUCAGCGCUUACGCGACCGUCCAAGUGGUGGAUUGACUCCGCGCGCGUGCAACCGUUAUUCGUCGUACCAUAUUAUACAAUUUAUUAUUAUUAUUACGAUAUAUAAAUAUAUUUAUGUAAUUUUUUUUUUUUUUUUUUUCGAGAACGUCGACGUCACGGAAUCCACCGGUUUCGUCGGCGAAUCAAACCGCGUUUCCGCGUUUCCCGCCCCGGAUUUCGAACUUUUCCGCGGUUCAAACGUUUCGGAAUCCGUUUUCCCGCGCCGUUCCUAAUACAACAUAACGUUUCGGCGAUUCCUAGAGAGAGAGAGAGAGAGAGAGAGAGUGAGAAACUCCUAAUCCAUAUCAUCCGGCCGGGACGGUAACGGCGGAUCGGACGACGAGGAGAAAACGAUUUCCGAAACGUUUACAUUCUCGUUUCGGGCGAGAACGAAUAAUCCGGGGGCCGAGUGAACGCGAGAGAGGCGGAUUUCGGCCGAAACCGGGGACCCCGCCCUUCGCCGUCGUGUUACCAUAUAGAUUUAACCAGGUCGUGAAGAUCGCCUGCCGGGCAAUAGGGCGUAUUACGUAACGGCGUGUGCUAUUUCGCGUGCGGUCUGUGUUCGUUGAUUUUCGAUGUUUCCCCGGCCCUCGUGUCCCGCGCGCGACACAUUUACCGGUCGCGGCGUCGGCUUUAUAGAAAUCAAAAAAAAAAAAAAAAAUUGUCGAUGGGAGCCGGCGGAUUCGAAAAGCCGGACGGAUUUUGUUUUCGCGCGCAACCCGCAACCCGGUCGGAGUUCGUGUCUUCGUCGCCGAAGAUAUUUUCGCAAACGCCGCGCCGCGUGUUCGCCCCGGUCGUCCCGUCGUUUUGUCUUCCGACGCGAACGGAAGACGGUAACCGAACGGAGUGGUCGGGGCCAGACGCACGGGAGCUGUAAAAAGAAACGAGAAAAAAAAAAAAGCACCGUAAAACCGCCGCGCGAAUAAUAAUAACAUUAAUUACGGUCGCGUUCGUAAAACGAAAUUUAAACGCGUUUUGUUUCUGUGGUUGGCGAUUUUCGUCUCCCGUUCUCGUGCCGUCGGACCCCGGUAAAACUCGGUUCCCCCAAUCGAAACCCGCGGUUCGCGAACCGAAUUUCCCAACGAACCCGUCGGUUUUGGCUGCGGGAUUCCGGCGGAAUUUCCGCUUAAUCGUUUUCCGCGACGAAAUCGACUUUUAACGUUCCGUUAUAUCUCGGGCGGAACGUCGAUGGCUCGCGAUACCGUUUUUUACCGGUUAAACAAACGGCGGCGGAGCGAGAGAUCGGGUGGACAUGUCGACCGUACGAAACGCGCGUUUUCUUUGCCGUUUUUUUCGCGAUUCGCGUGUUUUUCUUUCUUUUUUUUUUCUUUUCUUCCGAUUCGCCUCGAACAGCGUUCGCAACAGCCGGUAAACAAACGCCGCGUCACGGUUACGACACGAUCGUUUCGCGAACGCGAUCGGUUUUUUACGCGCGCCAAUCGCUCGCCCUAUUAUUAUCGCUCGUCGGCGACGAGCGGGCGCCGUUCGCCGACUAUUACGCCCUCUUACCCGUCAGGCGUUCGCGUUACGCGUUAUUAUUAUUGCUCUAGUAAUAUAUUAUGCGGAUUGUUGCUCAUUUUCAAACGAAAUCGUAUUAUUAUUAUUAUUUUUUUUUUUUUUCAUACAUGUAUGUGUUAUAGCAGCCGACUUUGUUGUCUUGCGCGCGUGUCGCGACCGCGAAAACGUCGACGCGGCUCACGUUAUUAUCGCGGUAUUGCGCGCGCGGCGACAACUAGCGCGACGGCGGCGAUAUGGUCGUGUUAAGGGUCCGUUUCCGCGGCCGCCCGUCCCGCGCCCGGAACACGGGGACGGCCGGGAAAAACGAGCUCGGGCUCGCGGUCGGCCACACGGGGGACCGUGAUACGUCGGAUUGGUGUUGCCGAACGAUUUUCAAAAACGCACCGUUGUUUUUAAUCGUUUGCGGAAAAAAAAAAAAAAAACGCCCGCCUCCUUACCCGUCCGUUUUCGACGUUCGAAACGCGACCUCGACAGAGUUCGAUUGGACGCGCUCUACGGGG